GUCGGUCCCUAACUCACACUUGAGCUGGUCGGUGUCCAGUGGGGAGAUAGUUUCUGAUUUGCCGGUGUCUGUUUUUGUGAAAAUGAGCUCCUAACGCCAGAAAUAUGCUUAAGCGUCUUUCUGUGUGAACCCACUUUAUUCUCUUUGUCACUGAAAAACUUUCACCUCCUCUGCAGAUGUAACACGCUCCUUUAUUUCAGUGGGUUACCUCCUGGAUUCGCACCUUCAACAUCGGUGUCUGACAUGAAAAGAAACGGCGCGUACAGGUUUUUGUCUGUUUUCUCGUGCUUUGUCGUUUGCGCUUUCUUGUUCAUCUUUUGGUUCUUUAUAUUUUAUUCAAUGUUACACGCACCGUAAGGCAUAGAAAGACACUCUCUUAGCAGCUGGCUAAGCUAAGCUCGCAUGCUACUUACCCACACUGCAUUGCUCUGUUGACAAGACUCGUGAUCACAUGAUCCACCGGACCAGGAAGUAAGGAUCUGUGGUAAGUGUAGAAAGCACUGCUUAUAUCAGUCUAAAUCAGAAACUUACGCUUUGGCUUUAUUAUAGUUUCCUGAGUAUGUCUCAUUUAAAAUCGAGCAGUGUCUGUGUAUUAUUACGUGUUUUUUUUUGAAAAUGUAUGUCGUGUCUGUGGGAUUUUAAAGCUGUCAGAGAUUUCACAAUGAAGUCUCUCUGUAUUAACUCUGCACAGGAACAGAAAACUGGGAAAGUCCUGACCAAUAAAACACAACAUUUUAUCAUGUAAGGAUCAAGGAAUAGACAGAAAUUUGAUGUGCAAAUACGUUCCUCUGUGCAAUUAUUUAUGUUAUUCUGAAAAGUAAUAGGUGAGAGUGGGGUAAGAUGAGACAUUUUUCAUAUUUUGGAUCACUACAUCAAGGCAAUCAUAGUUUUGUCUCUAACUAGUGUAUCUGCAUAUAUUUCAAGAUGUUGUGCAUCCCUGCAAACCAACAGAAUGAGUGUAAACAUAACUGUCUUGAUAAUAUAGCAUGCCAAAAAAAGUGGUCUCCUAUGGUCAACUUACCCUGUGUAUGGGGUAAGUUGACCAUAGGAGCGGGGUAAGUUGAGCCGCAUCCCUACAACCCCCCCACUCUCCACCCCAGCCCUCCCUCACCUUCUCUCUCCCUUAAUAACAGUCACUUCUUCACAUUCAUGAGUAUUUUUAUCUAUUAUACGGUUUUCAACUGGUACAAUAAUUCUUUUUAUUAUUAUUGCAUAUAACUGUUAAAAAGCUGUUUUGUAAAAAGCUAUUUUAACAUGAGAAUGUCUUAAAGUGAUUCAGAACAUUCACAGCUGUAUUUCAGUAAAGAAAAAGUAACACAUUUCAACAAUCUGAACUGAAACUCUGAUCCUCUCUUCAGACUCCUUUGGCUCAACUUACCCCAGUCAUGGUAUUCAUUGAAGAAUUUCUUCUUAUUCUUAUUCAACGGUGGAGCAGUUGGGUAGUGAAACAUAUCUGUAUGAAGUCCCUGGAUAAUCUGAAUCCCAGGGCUGCCAAGUUUCAGAAAAUGACAAGAGUGAGACUUUAGUGUUAAGAUGUGUUUGAAAAUAAUUUGGCCUUUUUUUUAACGUCGAUUUAUACCUCAAAUUACGGCAAGCAAGGUUUAUUAUCAUGGAAAAAAUAAAUACAGAGUAUGAAUGGGGAAAUAUAAGCAUGUGAAAUGUCAAGUGGGGCAUGUGGUGUGAUAAUGGGUCAAAUUGCGUGACUUUCACACUUAAAGUGUGAUGCUUGGCAGCUCUGGAAACCCCUACAGCACAGCUCCAAUGUUUUGGUGUAUUUGGAGUGAAAGGAGUCUCAAAGUAACACAUACAGCAAAAAGAUUUACAAGUUUCACAAACUAUGACACAAUAUUUACCCAUACUCAAGCCAGAAUAAUGUUUAUCCCCUUAUCAAGACGUCAGUUCGUGCUGCACAUUUGACUGAAUAUGAUAAAGAUGUUGGUUACUGUUUACAUCCCUGGAUUAUGCCAUGAACAGCUCCAUCAGAGACAGGAUGUUUGUUGUCAGCCUCUUACUGGCGUUAUCCCUGUUCAGCACUCCUGAGUGUGUCUGACAGGCUUCAACUGUUCUAAAACUACAACUGUUGCAUUUCUCAGCUCGUAGUUCUUGGCUGUGCUGCCUGAAAUUGAAAACACAAUGGCAUCUGGCACCAGUGAAGCAGCGUCCUCGGCUGCAGACCUCAAGCUGCAGUUUGCUCCCUUUAGCAGUGCUCUGGAGGCAGGCUUCUGGCACCAGCUCACUCAGAAAAAACUCGAUGACUACAGACUGGAUGAGAGCCCCAAAUGUAUCAAAGGAUAUUACUACAACGGUGAGUGGGGAGAAAACAGGUUUCACUAUGAAGGGUUUACUCCUUGUAGACCAUCUUUUCCUUAUCUUAGCUUAUGUGUCUGCUCUUUAGGUGACCCACUUGGUUUGCCUACACGUCUGACUUUGGAGUUCAGUGCAUUUGAAAUGUAAGUAUGAUGCAGUUUAUUGCACGUUUUAACCCAUACUUUCUAUUUUGUUCAUUUUCUUUUAAGGUGCAAGGAGAAUUUUUUGCCCAUGUAGAGUUGAACCACAAGAAAAACACAAGAACGACUCAGUCCUCUGUUCUCAAAUCGACAGAGAGCUCUUUUUAUACAUCCUCUAAUGGCUCUAAAAUAACAAGAGAAAAAAGAUGUGAAAGCACUGCAGUUUUCUCAGCAAUAAAACAGCUUUAUGGAUAAGUCAAUGUCACAUUAAGUCAAUAACAUUCACUAAUGAAGUCAUAAAUGGUGUGAGAUUUGUUACUAUUUUUAAAUAUUCAUGAGAUUAGAUUAGAGAGACUUUAUUGACCCUUUUCCUCAAGGAAAUUAAGAAUCAACCAUGUUGAUAAAACAAUUCAGAGCUCCCUUUCUAAAGUUUCGAAAAAAUUAAGGAAUAGUUUCUUGCGGUGGAUUAAUGGAAAACCUUAUCCAAAGUUCAAAAGUGAGGAAAGUUAAGAAUAAGACAAACUUUAUUUAUCCGAAGGGAAAUUCAAUAGGGGUUAGGGGUUUUACUUAAUUUGAAUCAGCUCAUAACCUUUAAUAAGAACACUAUGUUAUUAACUUUGUCUCUGUUACAACUCAAUGCAAAGUUGUGAUGUGAUUUUUCUGUCAGAGAUGGUCCGACACCGGCCCGUUGUUGCUCAGCUAUUGGAACUCUUUAUAACACCAACACACUGGACGCCUUCAAGACCACUGAUAAGAAGGCCCUGCUGGAGAAAGAGGCAAAGGAGGUAACUAACUCACAUACUUGUGCUGGGAGUUGAAUAUCAGUAAAAUGGACACAAAAGUUUGCAGCUUAUUCAUCUAGUUGUGAUGGUUGCUUUGUUUUAUCUCCUGUUUGUAGAUUUGGGAAGCGAUUCAGUCUGGGGCUGCGCUGAAGGACCCAUCCAUCCUCUCCAGAUUCAUUCUCCUUACUUUUGCAGUGCGUAUCAACAUCAAAUUAAAACUUUUUAAAAACGUUUGAAUUACUGUUUGUGACUUUGUUGUUUGGCUUUUUUUCAGGAUCUGAAGAAGUACCAUUUUUACUACUGGUUCUGCUUUCCUGCUCUCUGUUUCCCAGAGGGGAUAAAGAUAGUCCAACAACCUUCCAUGCUGGAGCAAGUUUUCUCAGCAAAACAGGUAUUAAAGUUUAACUUUUUAUACCAUAUAAUCAACAUGCACAAUAUCUAUACUGUGCAGUUGAAUGUUAUGUAGCCUCCCCGAGAGGUUAUCAAAAAUUAGUCAAAUUUUUUGCUCUAGUUUAGUAUUUAAUUUCAAAAUUUCUGUCUUUCUAACAUCACGACUAAACUGUGAGAUGUUAAAAGAGGGCAGCCUUUGUAUAGAUGUCUGUCUGGGGAUUAUUAAAAAGUGUAAUGAACAGAUGAGAAUUGUUAUCUCUGAGGACUGCAGGUCCAAAGACUUUUGUGUUUAUUUUGUAAAAACCUCAUCAAGAGCUAGAAUUAGUCAUCACAGAAGCUUCAGGCCACAACGAUUAUGAUCUGUCUUUCUGUCUUUUCCUCUACAUCUCUGUGUUGUUUCUAUCAACUGAAAUCAUCAAGUAAUUCGACACCUCAGCAGUUCAUUACAAUAAUUCAUGAGCUGCAAGAUGACAUUACAGCCCGUCAAAGAUACACUAGCCCCUGGUCGGUGCAUGAAUGUACAGAUCUCUGGCAGUCUAUCUCUAGCAGAGGCCGGCAAGUGCUUCACAAGAUUUUCACCUUGACCAAUCUGAUGAGUUAACAGAAUGCCUUCAAUCGAAUUCAUACUGAAUGGUUUUUGUUAGUUUGUCAUUUGGGUUAUUGCAAAAAAAUCUGCAAACUAAAAUAUUUUACUAUAGAUCCUAACAUAUACAAAAAACAGGUCUUUGUUUUAGUAGGAAGAUAACUUUUUUUUAAAGGAAGGAUGUAGUCCUCAAUCUCAGAAGAAGUUUUGGUAACACUUUACUUGACGCCUAUCUAUAUAACGUAUUAUAAAUAUAUUUACAAUUUGUUAUAAUCACGUUAUAGCACUGUAUAACUAUAGUUAUAAACACUCAUAAUGAUCAUAAUGCUUUAUAGCAAUAAUCAUAACACAUUAUAAGGCAUUUUAUACGACUUAUUUGGUUGGGUAUUAUAAUGUGUUCUAACUGUUAACAACUCACUGACAAUGCCCACAUAGAUAAUGGAUUAUUCAUAUAUUUAUAAUGUGUCAAAUUUGCUUAUAAACUUGUAUAACUAUCAUUAUAAACACCCACUAAUUAUCAUAAGGCUUACAUAUCAUACAUAUAUUUAUAAUGCGUUAUAGAGAUAGGCAUCAAGUAAAGUGUUACCCGAGUUUUCUUUUAAAAUGUUGUAUUUUCCUAUGACCAAGUGGUAGGAGAACCCAUCGAGGACUGAGGAAACCACCAGAGAGAUUAAUAUCUUAUCUAAUGUGGGAUUGCCUCGGGAUCCCCCCUAGAGAUGGUUGAAAAUGUUUCUUGAAAAGGGAAAGUGGAAUUGCCUUUCUCUGUCUGUUACCAUAGGAACGAGGCCUGAGAGAUGGCUGAGAAUACACACAGAUCUCUUAUUUAUCAUUUCCCUUUAUAGGAUAUCUGUAAUUAUUGCUGACAUCUCAUUAUUUCUACUUCAGGUUUCAGCCCUGCAGGAGGCUUAUGAUGGCCUCUGUAUCAAAAGAGGAACCACUGCAGUGCCGUACUUUAUAAUGAAGUACACAGAUGAUGCGGUUCAGAUGGCGGCACUUGAAGACUGGGAUGCUUUCUUCGCUGAUACUAAGAAGGUAGCUCAUUAUUCUGAGUUAUUAGGACUGGCUUCUCCUUAUCCAGUUGCCAUCAGAUUAGAUUUUAUAUCACACCUACUGGUUCUUAGUCACUCUCUCACAGCGACAACAUAAACACACCUCGAUUUUUCUAGGUCACUGUGGGCGUCUACGAUCCCUGUACUCUGUCUCAACAUCCGGGCUGGCCUCUAAGAAAUCUGCUGGUCCUCCUGGCUUACAGAUGGUAAACCGUACUUCUCUUUAACGGCUUUAUGUGCUUGUGUGCGUGGGUUAGAUGAGGAAGUUCUUCUGAAAGCAUGUUCUGUUUGUGAAAAUUUAUUAUGAAUGUCUUUCAGCUUCCAGCGAGUGAGAUAAAAAGACAGGAAAUCUCAGUAAGAGAAAUCAAAUCUCCUCUUAGAUAAUUUCCUGAUUUUUUUCAGUGUGGGAAGCAGGUGACACAUUGGAUCAAGAUGUCAACUUCCAAAGAAAACGUUGUUGCUUUAAAAGCUUUUCAAUACGGCAAAAAAAUUCCAGAAUCAUCAGCUUUUACGUCACUUUAGGAUAGGAAAAAAAGAUGUAUUCGGCUGUUGCUAAGUCACAGUAUCAAUAAAAUUUCGCGAGGCUGAGGUAAACUUGAUGAAUAAUAGUUGUUUCUAAAUGAAAGCGUGGGAUUGCAACAUGACUACUGCUGCCAGUUCUUGUAAAGCUGUAAAUUUCCCUGAUUAACAAGAUUCACUUUUAAUAAUAUUUCACAUGCCGCCCAUGUCAUCGGGUCGAAAAAAAACUCACACUUUCCUUCUAGUUCAUAUGAAUACAUUUAAGUGUGGGGUCUCCGUUUGGAUUUGAUCUGCCUGAAGUUUCCCGAUACAAUCUGAGAGUUUUCUGAAAACUUUAUGACCCAUACUCCUGUGAACCAAAGUAAGAGUGCAGCACGGCAUAUCCAUAAAGACGCACUCCCUUUUUUUGUGAAUUGGACCAUAUAUCUCCUCAGGGCAGAUGAGUUACAAUGCUUGGCUUGUUAACUGAUGCCAUAGCAAUGUUCAACACUCAGCAAACAGCAGCUGCUGUCUGAGGUUUUAUUGUGUAAACACACACUUGGCACGCAAUUCAUGUCUGGCAUCUCUGGGUUUUUAAACUUGUCAGAAACAAGUUUUUGCUAACACUGAAUGUGCUUUGUCUUUCUGUCAUCAGAAAAUAUAUUUCAUUGGGUGAUUUAUAAGUUUCUGUCUCACGUGUAUUUGUAGUUUAAGAAGCAGGACCAAGCUUUGUAAACCAGUCUGAGUUUUAUGGGAGGGGCAGAUACACAUAAAGUUGUGAGAUUUAAGUUUGGUCCACUGUAUCUGACUGUCUUGAAAUACUUCAGAUUCAGACUUGGCUCUACAAGUAGCACAGAUUUCACAACUUUACAGAGUUGCAACACAGAGGUUGAGAAGGGAUUACUGCCCCCGAAGAGUUGCAGAGGAGAUAUACUGAGGAAAUAUGUCUUUGCACUGCUGGGCUGUUGGUACAAGCUGUUAGUCUUGUUACUUCACAUGUGAUCAACAGUGAAUUUUCAAAUAUUUACACACGUGUCGUACCACUGUUUAGUUUUUGUGUAUCAGUUCAGUUUCCAUGAGAACAUUUAUUUCAACAUCUAAUAGUAAUAUGUAGAUGACGAUUUGUUGGAGACCAGAAAAGGUGUUGUUUGUUAUGUUUAGUUGUACCACACCAGUUUUUUUGCAUGUUUUGCUCUUUAUUUUUCAGCAGUUUACAGAGGUGUAAAUCCUUGUUCAGAACCUGGUGGUUAAAUUCCAGUCACUACACUACAGAAAAGUUUUAACAGAGUGAUGAAACAAUCUAAAAGUGGAAGCAUAAACUCACAAGAUGAGAUUUUCUUUCUUAAUAACAGAGAUGAAGAAUGCAAACUCAAAUGAGCAGGAAAGCUGCUUUUUACUCUAAUAGCACAAACAGAGAGCAUCACUGCAAGUUUUUGAAUAAAUGGUUGUUUUUUUGACCUGAGAAAUGAAACAGUCAAAGUUGUAAUGAUGAAGCUGGAAGUAAAGAUUGUUUUGCUGAAGAGCAGGGGCAUGGUUGUUGAUAAAGUACCUACAUAAGUGACCUUAUGACAGCAGUGAUGGAUUCAAGCUGUGGUGCUUAAAUCAUUUGAUCUGAACACAUCUUAAAAUGGUUAAAAUCAUAACUUCAUAUUUUUUGUCGGUGGGCUUACAGCUGAUUAAAUGCUACGUUUCACUUCUGCAUUUACAGUCCAGUUAGGUAACACUGAGUCAAAAAUGUUCACACUUUUUGCUUCAUGUUUUAGGUUUCAAGGAACUUGUAUUUUACUUUUUAUUGCAUAUCAUCUGGCUAUUUUUUCAUAAAUACAAGGACUCCUAUCCAGGCCUUCACUUCACUGUGUCUAGACUGUACCUCUCCAUACCACAAAGAAGACCCACAAUGGUUGAAACUGGUCUGCGUUUUUCCGGUUGUUGGAGUUUAUACAGUUAUUUCCCUGUUAAAAUAAAGACAUUUUAACAGUAUCCUUGACUCACUGACCUCUGAACCUACUCUGUCUGGGUGGUAAACAUAAACUGUUGAUACUAGCUUAUGUCAAAAAGAAAGACGUCAACUUUUGCAGCCAUUUCUUGCUUUUCAAGUUUAAUCAGCAGAGUUUGAUGUUGUAUUUUCAAGAGUUUUUAAGAAUGUAUUUGAGGCUGUCAUGCCAGUAUUCAGAGAUAGGACAGGAAAGAGAGUAGGAAACAGGGGAGAGAGGAUGGGGAAUGACUUUAGUCCAAGGACAGACAGUUGGAAUCAAGCAUGAUUUGUCUGCCAAGCCCAGACAGUGCCCAGUAAUGAUGUUUUAAAGUACCAAAAAAAAGGAUGAAUAAAUGGUGGUUUAAGUUGUGUUUCAAAGUCACUUUUUUACUUGUGAUGUACAAUUUACAGGUAAUUUGUAACCUGUAAACAAUAUGUGUGUGAUAUUUCCACUCUCUGACUGUUACAUCUUCUCUGUGUUUGUGCAUCUGUUAGGGGCUCAAAGCUCGACACAGUAGGGGUGCUGUGUUUCAGGGACAGAACUCUGCAGGGGAGCCGCUCCAUCCAGCACAGUCUCAUCUUCCAGAUCAAAUUACCUGAGCUUCUGCACAACUCAGGUACAUUCUCUUAUUUAUACAUCUGAAUGGGUGUGUAUUUGUAUUCACAUACUCCACCGAGUAGUACAUGUUUGUGUGUGCUGGUAUGUCACGCAGUGUGUUUCUGUCUGCAUAUACUUUUGUUCUCUGUCCUCUGAAUGUGUGUAGCCUACUUUGAAUACCGUCCCCGAUUUGAACCCUCAGACUGCGUGCUCGCCCUCUUAAUCUAACACUUUUCUUUUAUUCCUUUAUCUGUUAAAAAGGUGCAAGUCAUUUAAACGAUAAUGGCAGAAUGUAGACGGCAGUGGCUCUGUGAUAUGUGAAGAUUUUUUUUUUUUAGAGUUAAGUUGAAGUGUCUGCCUUUACCUCUACUUCCCUUUCAGCAGUAGUUUCAUUUUAAUGACCUUGCAAUCAAAUCGGCUGCUCUUUGUCAUGAUGUUCACUUCGUGUAACCUUAUCUGUUGAUGUUUUGCAAAGUGUGAAUCAAGUUACCUCAGUCGAACUUUUCACAUGCACUCAUUUUUCUUAGAAAGUGAUUUACCUCUUCACAAUGCUUUAAUUACCUUUUCAUCUACACAUCUUGAAUCAGAAUCAGAACAAAACUGGAUCAUUUCAAAACAUCUAUUUAAAAAUCCAUAUCGAGACAACUGUCAUUAUUUUGUGCCGUAUAACGAAUCCACUUUUGCGCAUUAAGCAGCUUAAGCUUGGCAGCACAUAGUGAACGUGAUUGCUCAGGCAGUAUCCAAAGCUGUGUCAAUCAACAGUGUGAGAAAUAGAGGGUUGAGUGAUCAGAACAGUGUUCAUUUGAGCAAGUGGGUUUUGAAAAGAGCAACUCUACAUUAAACUCCAAUUUCACUUACUAAUGUUCCCAAACUGUUUCCAGCCAUGACAAACUGUAAAAAAAAAACUCCCUGCUGUUCACAAUGGUCUGGUCUGUGUUAGUCAAAAGUUUGUGCAUUAAAUUAAACUGAAGCGCAAAAAAGAGUCAUUAAAGUCUGCCGCGGGGGACAACACGGCUCGGCGGAGUGCUGCCCCCGUCUUUGACGUGGUUGGUAGAGGAGGACUUGUGAAAGUUGAAACCAUAGACUGUAUAUAAAAUGGACGCCGUCUGCCUCCUCGCUGGGUGAAGCAACUCCGAGAACAGCACCCUCUGGUGACAGGCUGCAGUAUAGGUCAUAAAUCCCGCCUCUGCCAACCAUCCUUAUGCGGCUGUGGACAAACUGUAGAAAUUUAUUACACAGAAUAUACAUUUUUCUCCCCUGUUCUUGUGAUGUUGACAUGUAGUUACUGUAAGACUGGUUUGUGCUCAAGUCCUCUUUUUUUCUGUACAGCUUAUUAGGGGGUUCAUGUUUUCUAUGAUUAACACUUGAUACAGCCUAUGGGCGUAUGAAGAUUGCGUGGCUUACCCGGGGGAUACACAGUUUGAGCCGAGCGUCAUCACAGCGACUCUCCCGCCGAAUGCGUACAACGCUACUGCGCAAUGUUGGUUGCAGGAAAUUGAGAAAAAAUGCGGAAUUACCGAGAGCUUUUUGGCUUCAAAUCCUUGCACUGGCGGAUGGCGGAGCCAAGUUUCCCAUAAUAUAUACAGUCUAUGCCUGUGAAAUAGGGGUGCUCUGAAAACACCCCUAUUAGGACUUGGUACGUUCCUCCUGAGGAAAUUAACCGUCGACUGUAAAUUGAUGCAGAAAAUAAUCGAGUUGACUAAUCAGAAAUUUGGUCGACUCAGCAUGUAUCGACCAAUAAGUCAACUGGUCGACUAGGACUUUUACAGCCCUACUUCUCUAGUCUAUCUCUUGUUGUUUGACGUUCUGUCUGAACAUGUUUUCUUGAGGAAACUAAGGAAACUGUUGAGCAUGAAAAUCGACCUUAGAACAACCUGGUAUUAUUAUUCCUUUGAAGACACAUCACUGUUGCAUCUUCUGUAAUUCUGCUAUUAUAUGGAUUAUGAAAGGAUAGAGACAGCAAUGUACAAGAUGCAUGUAUCAACAACCAACAUGCUUUAUGAAAGGUUGUUGUAUGCUUUCUUUCACAGUGGUGAUGUAUUAUGUAUAUGUAUUGUUGUUUGUCAUGCAGCAUGUCCUAAGAGUGUAGGGUGGGAGAAGAAUCCUAAAGGGGCCAUGGGACCCCGGAUGGUAAACCUCAGUGAAUGCAUGGACCCCAAAAGGUGAUUCAAAUUAGUCUACUUUGCAUUCACCCCUUUUGCCACAGGUUUGAAAGUAAAACUGUGAACUAUUCAAGCUUGAAAUUACAUUUUGGUGAAAGUAGAUUAAGUAAGAAAAUUCUGCACCCAUCAUGCUUUCAUUUAAAGUUGGAGUUGGAGUUUUUACUAAUUAUGUCCUCACAUUUCUGCACAGUCCAGACAAGUGUUGAGGUACGAUUACAUGUUCUGCCAGUUUUUAGGAAAUCGUGGGUUAAAAAACUUACUCUGAAGUUGUCUCUGUUGGCUGUGUGCAGGCUGGCAGAGUCAUCAGUGGACCUGAACCUCAAGCUAAUGAGAUGGAGGCUGGUUCCAUCGUUGGAUCUGGACAAAGUGGUCAGCACAAAGUGUCUCCUGCUCGGAGCAGGGACUCUGGGCUGCAAUGUAGCCAGGACUUUGAUGGUAAGGUUGGAAGGACAGCAGAGGACAAACCGGUCUUUGGGAUAUAGUUGGCUGGAAUUUUACAGUUUUUUAAAGGGAUAGUCUGUGAAUUUCACUCAAGAGUUUCCUGUAGCAGGUAUUCCUUCAAAGUUGAAGCAGCAAAGUGUCUAACAUUAAAUCAGACCUGUGCCAAUAACACAGAAAACGCUCACAGCAUUAUUAUGGGUGAUAUUUCAACUCUAAUUUGUAUUGAUGACCUGAAGGUAAGCCAAAGAGAAAUACAGAUCACAAUCAGGUAGUAGUUAUCACAGUGAAAAUCACAUAUAGACAAAAAUGGAAAUCAAAGUUGACAUUCUAAACAAGAUAAAGGUCAAAAUGUUUUCUGACCUUUUACUUUGACUGCGCCAUAAGAAACAUAAAUUAGUAAGCCAAUUAGACAUGUGCUGCUGUAAACACACGAUGACUGUGUUUCUCGUUGCAUUUUUAUUCAUUACUUUACAUAACGACAGCAUAUGCAGAGUCUUUUUGAUCAAAAAGACUACUGCCUGUUUUCAUACACAAACAUCUGCCUAUUAAUAUUUCACCUCACAAUAAAUUUCACGUUAUUCAGACAUCCUCUCUCCAUCUAAAUGUGCAAACUUAGAUUAGAUUCUGCCUGAAAUGCAAAAUUAAUUAAAGCUCACCCACAAUGCAGUGCUUUGUUUAAAAAAGGUCUGUGUAUUAUUCUAUUGACACUGCUUCUUUCGCCCCUCAUUUAGAGGCUUACUUGACUCUUAGUUAGAAUUAAAAUGAAUUAUUCCUUGUGUAUUUCAAUGUCGCUGUGGCUAGACUUUGUAUUAAAGUACAAUUAAUGACAAAGAAGUACAAUCUUGAGGUUGCAUGGCUUGCACACUAAUUAGUGUAAAGUAUCAAUUAACUUUGCAACACACACUGGACAUGCAACCUCCCACUCAUUGUUGUUUAAUGAGUGUUGCUCAGGACAACUUUAAUUUCACUAAAUUGGGGUUAAGCAAGCAGAAAUAAUGUGAUUAAAGAUAUGAAUAAUGUUAUUUUUCUCCAGGGAUGGGGAGUGAGACGCAUCACAUUUGUAGACAACGCAAAGAUCUCAUACUCUAAUCCAGUCCGGCAGCCGCUCUAUGAGUUUGAAGACUGUCUCGGAGGAGGGAAGUCAAAAGCCAUGGCAGCCGUGGACCGACUUACCAAAAUCUUUCCUGGGGUGGUGAGUGAUUUAAGACGUACAUUCAGCUCGUUAUUAUUCCCACAUAAUGGUAUUCCUGUUUGUUCGGUCAUGCCUGAGAUGUGACGGCCCAACAAUACCAGGAAUAAAAAGGUGAGUUAGUUGAAUAUUGAUGCUGCUGGUUUCAUUAUUUAGUUAAUUAAUGAGCUGGUUCCCUAGGGGCAGGAUUGUAUUUACUGAAUGAAAACUCAGUCACACAAGCAGAGCUGCUGUUAGAUGUUGUAUAAUGUUCAGUUUAGGAAGGUAACAGAAGUAGUUAAAAAUCACAUUUGAAUUAUGUAUGAAAGUAUUAAUAUUAUUAUUUUAGGAUUAUUUGUGGGGCAUUUUUGCCAUUAAUGGAUAGAGAGAAAGAGAGAGAGAGAGAGAGAGAGAGAGACAGAGAGAGGGGGCUGGAAUCAAACCCGCGACCGUCUGCGCACCCCUUAUGAAAGUAUUAUUAUUAGUUGUUUUUCCUUUGGUAUUUAUUCUUGUACUGACAGACAUGAUUAAUCCAUAGAUUUCAAUAGUAAAUCGCAAUUUAUCACAUUUAUAUUCAAACCUUUAAAUCUCAGGUUUGGCAUUUCUAAAUGGUUUUUAAGGUCAUAUCAAUAACCCAAAUCAAUAAAUGCUAAUCUGAAGAUGAAAAAUAGACCCAAUUCUUUUCCUAUGCUCAGUUACCACCCUGUUUGUAAGGGCUAUUUUAGGGUGACCAUGCGUUCUCUUUUACCCGGACAUGUCUUCUUUUUGGGGGCUAUCAGGGUUUGUCCAGCUUUGUCCAGGGAAGUUUAUAAAAUCCUUCAGAUGUCCGCGGUUUUGUUUGUAAGUUUCAAUUUUUUGUCAUGUGGAUUUACUGAGUUAGAAGCAUGUAAAAGACACUCAAUCUAACCUGAAAAACUUUGUGACUCUGCCCCCCAUAGUCAUGUCCUCUUUUUGGGAAGUCAGAAUAUUGUCCCCCUAGCUAUUUCAUUUGCAGAUAUGUGAUUAUUUGCUCACUCCACAGGUAGGGAUCUGCUUUUGUGGUGCUGCUCACUGAAAUCAGUCCGAUACCUGCACUUGGAGGCUUAGCUUGUAGGCGGUAGCUCAUAUUGGAGGUUCUUUAGGGACUAUCUAAUUUUAUUUGACAUUAAGUGCACAUUAUGUCUGACCUGUCAACCAUGCUGUCAGGAGUUUUUAAAGUUCAAUGUUUCAGUUAAAAACACUUAAAUGUGAUUAUUUUACAUCACAGCAGCAGCAUGAUGCAGGAGGACACUGUAGCAGCUUAAUUACAGUGUGGUAUAGAGUGUGAUAUCUUUGGACCUUAAUUGCAAAGCGUUGGUAGCCCAAGUUCUUGUGAUUAUUUGAGUACAUUAAAAAAACAGAAGUACAGUUAUAUGCCAUAUCACAAGACAGUCCACUACACAGUGUACAGCACAGGUGUCAAACUCAAGGCCAGGGGCCAAAUCCGGCCCGUGGAAUAAUUAUAUCUGGCCCACGAGUUCAUAACAUAUUUGUAUUAUUAUUGGCCCAACAGUAUGAAGUCUGCAGAUUUCGUCCAGGAUAAUAAUGUAAACUUUAGCACCAUUAUUUAAAAUGGCCUUAAUAAACCAUGAAAAUCUGGGAAAUUAAAGAGUAAUAAAGAUUUGAUAAAUAGUCAAGAAUGUGGGGGAAAAAAUAUUUGGUGUUUUAUUUCAUGUUUUCAAUUUUGCAUUUCAAGAUUACAAGUCAAACAUGAUUGGAUUUUUUAUUUCAUGCUUUGAUUUUGUUCAACUCAGUAUUUAGACUUGUGUCACUUUUAUACUUUAGAUUCCAAUCUGAAACUUUAAGUAAUAUUUUGACCUUUUUAACCUGGUUUUAAUGUUUUUUUCAUGUAUUUGCUCUUUAAACACAUUAUUUUUCUAUUUUUAAUAUCAUGCUCUGAUCUUUUGAACUAAUAAAUAAAAAUAGAAUAAAAAAUAACAUUUUUCCAUCUCAGAUUGCCUUUUAACUUUUAAAAAAAAUAUUUUUUGAAUUUCCAAAUGUUUUAUAAUCAUUGCUAUUUUUGUUACAUAUUUUCUAAAAAAGGGGGUUGACAGUUUUGGUCAAAUGUUGACCCUGUUUGGCCCUCAGGUUAGACCUAAAUCCAGAUUAUGGCCCUUGCUGUGGUUGAGUUUGACACCCCAGGUGUACAGUAUUGAUCUGAGCUGAAUUUGUUCCCUCUAUAUAGCUUCAGCUGAAAUCAGUGCUGUUGUGUUAUACAUACAUCAGAGAUAAGUAAAUAGUAAAAUAAUACAACAAUCCUGUUUUCAUACUGAUUGCAUGUUGAAUGCAGAAUUUUACAGGUGGGGUGUUGCUGCUUCAAUCACUUAAUUGGGUUACCUGUGUAGUUAAAAUGGGGACACAGCAACUUAAAGUUACAGGUUUUAAGUUUUGGGCUCAUUUGAAUCUUCCAAACGAUCACUGUGAAAUCCCAUGACUUCACUAAAGAUCAAGUUUUUAAUGCACACUGAGAGACCUGUAUCGGGAUUUUACAGCUCAGCCUGUGAAAUGAAAUGUUUCUACCCCCUGGGCUCCGAGGCAACCUCUGUGUGUGUUUUGACAAAAACUGGCUAAGACUCAGUCUGUGAGCUCAUCUCCCCGGAGCAUGUAUGAUUGAAGUCUCAUUUUCAAAUUAUUGACCUGACAAAGCUUGCAACUGGGACUCUUUUUGAAAGGUUGUUCCUGAAAUGAGAUAUAAUGGGGGAAGUAAUAUACUGUCAGAAACACAUGGACAGUUAAUGCCCCAUUUAAAUGCACACAUGCGGACGAAUAAUUGCCAUGUCCUUAUAUCAUCAAUUUGACUCCCUCCACCCUCGUGUUUUCAGAUUCUCUUAUAUUCUUGUGGGGAUAAAAUCUACAGCGAAGAACAGAGGUUCGCUGUGUGAUGGAUGGCUCGGUGCUACCUUGACAUCUGGAGUCAGUGUUCACUGCAACCAUAAAUGCCCUCCUAUUUUUAUCAGUGUGGGUGUUUGUCUGCUUCGAUCUUAUCCCAGCUUGUUUUCCUGCAGACAUCUGGGCAUCAGGUGUUAGUGUUACGGAUAAGAGGAGUUAUGAACAAGGUGAGCACAGAGUCAGAGUCAACACAGAGGAGCUGGUUUAUCCAAGGUCACAAUGUGGAAAAGGUCUAAAACAGAUUUGAAGGGAAGCCUGUGGACUAAUGUUUUCACAGAAAUGUUUGUAGAGCUCCUGCCAGAUUCCUAAUUAUCCUCAAAUUUUGGCACCACUUUUGUCAGAGCUGCCUUAAGGUGUCAACAGUGACACGUUUGGAUUUUAAUGAAACGCUGUUUGCCUUUUCAUUUUUUGUUUUUGCCACAAUCACAAUGUUUUAAUUGUCCUUUGUUGGCUGCAAGUCUAGGUUGUAAAUUAGAAAAUGAUUUUCAUAUCUGCAGCCUGAAGUCACCCCUGAUGCUUAGCAACACAUUCAGUGACUGAAUUGUGAAUUCAAAGCUCGGUUGACAGCUCCCACCCUUGAAAUGUGGAGAGCGAUUAAGUGCAUCCACUGAUUCCGAAUAAGUAGCAUGUUUAGAUCUCGGCCUUUUUCGACCCUCUCUUGACUAUAAAAUUGCUCCUGACAUUUCUAUUUGCUUUACCGUCAAGCCUGCAAUCCCCGGAGAUAGUCACGGUUAUAAAAGUUUGGCAAUAGACAAUGAAUAUAUAUAUUUUUUGUGGAAUAGAAAGUGGAGAUUUGAGGUUUUCUUUUUAAUACUCUCCUACUGACUUUGGGGGAGAGCCAAAUCCAUCCUGGUCUGAGGUCAACCGUGGUGAUGAACUGAUGAUGUGUCACACAGAGGCACUGUUGGGAGACUGCUUCUGCUGUUCCCCUAUAAUUUGUGGAGGCGUGUCAUUCAGCUGAAAGCACUCACGUUUCAAACAGUUAACUUGCCAUACAUGUUGGAUCUUGUAGUUCUGAAAAUCUAUUCAUGGCAAGUUUUUCUCCGGAGAAGCUUUCAGUCAAAACAUCCCUCAGUGCAGAAAAUACAAAACUACAGCGUAUACAAAGCAUUCAAACAUACCGCAUUGCAUUUUCGGUGGUUAAAAUGUUUUGAGGCUUGAUAUGGGCGCUCUUGCAUGAAUUUGCUUUUGCAUAUAAUUUCGUUGCAUUCCAAAGCAGCACUGAUUUGUACAUGUACAUGGAGAGAUGAUAAUUUGCACCAUUUAGAGAUGAGUAAAUUGGUAGCUCAGUACCCCAAUUAAAAUGACAUUUCCAAAUUCUACAUACUAAACAGUUUGUACAAAAGAGCAGAAGUUUAAAAAAGUACAUGCAAAAAAUGUAAACCAAAAAAGACAACAAAUUGCCCAAAGAGUAAAGGCUUUAAUGUGAAGCUGUGUUUUAAUUUGCAUAUUUACAUUUGCAUAUCUUAAAUGUUACUUUUUUAUUUUUUUAGCUGUGUCUUAUUUUUCUUCUCUUUCUUUGUCUCUCUUUCUUCUUUCAGAAUGCAGAAGGUUACAAUAUGAGCAUCCCCAUGCCAGGACACCCUGUUAAUUUCUCCCAGGCCACUUUGGCCCAGGCCCAGAGAGAUGUUGAGCAGCUGGAGAAGCUAAUUUCAGAACAUGAUGUGGUAUUCUUACUAAUGGAUACCAGGGAGAGCCGCUGGUUGCCCACAGUGAUCGCUGCCAGCAAGAGGAAGGUAUGACAGUACAGUGUCGAAUGUACAGGGCCGAACAAGAUUAAUUAAAGCUGCCCUCAUAGUAUGAUGAUGUGUUAUCUUUAAAGUGAACUAUUCCUACAGUAAAGUACAGUUUAACCCCGUCAUUAACAGCUUUUCAGGCUGCAGGAUGGAACAAAUGUCAGAUAGACACGAUUACAAACUAGUAGGAAAGAGAUGACCGUGUUGCACCUUUUAUUUUAUUUCGCAAGAAAUCAUACAAAGCAAAAGUGAAACUUAAUUAACCCUUUUCAAAAGGGCAGAAACACUGUGUCAAAACAAAGCUGCAGUUUUUCAUGAAGCGCUGCACCACAAAACAACACUCUGAGAAGGUUUUCCGCCCCCUGGGGAAUAAAAGGAGAAAUAAACUUUGAAACUUUCAGCUGUUAAAGAAGUAACAUACUGUGUGUUGUUAACCUAUUAUUUUUUCACACAGUAGUUUUGAAAAGUAGUGCCUACACAGAAUUUGCCUGAUAUCCAGCAGUUUUUCAACAAACGUAAUGAGCAGCCAUACAUCCAACAAGUUUUUUGUGACUGUAAUACAAUGAAUUUUGACAAAAGUGGCGGCAAUCAAACCAGCCGGAUGUGUCCUCCACAUUGUCUAAUAUCACCUUAAAACCACCCACUGUGACUGAUUGAGUCAGUUUCAUGUUUUAGAAAGCAUAAAAGCUGUGAUGGGGCGCUCACACCAAGCGCAAGUAAAAUCAUCUGCUCGGUUAAUCUAGACACGUGAAUGAAUAAUAUUUACUCGCUUCAUUCACGUGUCAACGCUAAUUUCAACAGUAAUCCCUGCCAAUUCAACCAGCAGGAUCAAGUGAUGACAAAGGUUUUUUACAAUUUACCAGGUAAUCCGACCUCCUCACUCACUUGCCUCCAGGCGAGCUCCUUUUUAUUCUGGUUUCGAUAAUUGAAAGAAAUAGUAUCAUAUAAUUCAGGGGACCCACACACCAACACAAUCAGUUUGUCCUCCAUUUUAGAAACCAGUGAACAACCGUCUGUUUUCAUAAGUAACUUGGCAACCUUCAUGCUGAUUAGUUAUUGUGACACGAAUAUCCGCUGAAGUUGAGACAUUUGCAGCUCCCACCCACUUCACGUCAUUCGUGCCACCAGAGGAGUAGUAGCGUCUAAUCGCGUCUUUGCAUUGACUAAACAUGUAAUUCAUUCAUGAUGAUUUUACUCGUGCUUGGUGUGUGGAGACAGUAAAGCUUUUUGUAUUGGAUUGCAUCAGAUUGCCCAGAUGUCCAUAAUGUUACGGCUGUAGACCAGGUUGUAGGGAAGGAUACUCAAAAUAGACUAAUAUAUCAAAAUAUGCCUGUAUAUUAGUCUGUAACUUUUGUAGGUCGAACAGUAAUGAGUCAUGGCUUAAGAGUUCGAGCUGAACCUCACUGGUCCAUGAUACAUGGUGUCCGGAUCAAUAUUCGAGGCAUAAAAGUGUCAGCAAACAGUCCCUGUUUGGACCGGACGGAUAAAUGGGAUAUAAUUUCUGAAGUAAAGACAGUUUUAGUUUGUAUCUUUAAGUCUAAAAGCAUGAUUAUUUUGAUGGUGUCAUGGAGGUUAGAGAAAGUAAUCAGGAGACUGAACAUUUGUCUGCUCUAAUGGUCGAGUACGCACAGAAGAGUCGCAGUGCAGCGCUGUGACAGGAGACAUUUUAACUCCACCCCUCUUUAUUACAACGCUCUGAAAGCUGAAACUUGAAAUUCGAGGCACGCUUGACCUUUUUUCAGGAAAGUGAAAUAAUAUAAAGUCUUCUUGUGUUUCUGUCAAAUCUGUAGUUUGUCAAUUUUAAUUGUAUUUGUUGCCGGGCAACGCCGGAUUAUUGGACAUUGUGAAGGAACAGGAACUUGUGAGCCUCAAGUAACACUGACGUGGCGCCUUUAAUGCCGUAUUAGCAGCAGUUAAGUGUUUUAGGGCUUGCUGAUAAUGUUUUCUUGAUGACUUGCUCAGCUGAGUGGCUGUUUUGCCUUUUGUACUGCGAGGCUGUUAAAGACUUCACCACAAAUUAGCUUCACAAUAUGGUUCUUUUACGCUCCGCAAGUCGGGAUGCUCUGAAAUUGUUAAGAGCCUAUUCAUGUUUAUGUAACUGCUUUUUUGAAAAACGGAAACACAUUAUAGCCUCAUUGUUUGUACAAAAAGAGGCAAUUUAGUCUAUUAGAUUUUUGUGGCAAUGUGCCGUGCUCUGUGAAAAACCUUAAUUGUCAUCUUUUUCCUCCUUUAGCUCGUGGUGAAUGCGGCCCUGGGCUUUGACACGUUUGUUGUGAUGCGCCAUGGCCUCAAGAAACCCCUGCUCGGUCAGGGUGUUUCUGCGGGUGCUGACUCGUCCUCUUCUUGCUCUUCUGCUUCCUCUUCAUCCUCCACACCAGCUGGCUCUGCACCUACGGUCCCAGGAUCCUCUCUGUUUUCCAACAUCCCAGGGCACAAACUUGGCUGCUACUUCUGCAAUGAUGUUGUGGCACCAGGAGACGUAAGGAAUCAUAAUCACAAACUUAUGUGAUGUAUUAGGAACAAACAAAGGGGCAACUUUGAGCAGCUAAAACCUCACUGUACACUAUCCAACAAACGAUUUCAAGCAGUUACUCUGCUCUUUUUUGAAGGUGAACAUGUGUUAAAAAGUUUGUAUGCUUCCCCCUUUAGAAAAUUUUUAAUCAUUGUUGGAAUUUGUGGAAGGGAACUAAAAUAACCUUCAAAGUCUAAAUGUAAAAACUCUCCUCAUCUGUUAUGUAAAAAGAAAUGAUGACACAACGAACAAUAUUAUUCUGGUGGUGUCAUCUGUGAAAAUAUUCUGAAAUCAGAGUCUUUGUUUACUGUAAAUAUUGCACAGCAGAAUCUCUGAAAUUCUGAAAAUUAGCAAAUAAUAGCUCAGUCCACCAUCAUGACUUUGCAUAAUCUUUAAAUGCUCUGCAAAAAAAUCAGCAUAUCAGAACAAACUAACCUGUGAUUGGUGCCAAGCGAAUUUCCCAAACUUCUAUGAAGACACUCAUUCAGGUUUAAACCGGGGAUGCCUCUUGUAAUGCGGUUGUAGCUCCAAACUUACUUACUUGCUAUUGAUGUGUGUUUCUUUCUCAUUAACAGUCAACGAGGGAUCGGACUCUGGAUCAACAGUGCACAGUCAGCAGGCCAGGUCUGGCCAUGAUAGCUGGAGCUCUGGCUGUAGAGAUGAUGGUGUCUAUUCUGCAGCACAGUGAAGGGUGAGCACAGCUGUUCUGCAGCUUUUAGGAAUCAUAGCUGCAGAAGCUUCAAACUCGGUCUUGCUCGUCACGUUCCACUGCCUUGUAGUAGUCAUCAUUUUUGAGUAACCUCUAGGGCUGGGCGAUAUGGCCUCAAACAAUAUCACGAUAUAUUGAGCAGUUCACCUCGAUAGUUUAAAUGGAUGAUAACUCCUCCACAAACUACUCACCCCCUCCCACAUUAACUUUGUUUACAUCAGCCGCCACUACAACUUUUGAACCGUCCUCCAUCUCCUCACCUGUCUUUCCCUCUUUGUUACGGACUGGAUGGGGUGGAGUCACAUCUCUGAGACCAUAGCCUACCUACACACAUCCAAUACCAACUUUUAUAGAUUUUUUUUUUUUGACACUGAAUAUACUGAUUUGGUAAAAAUGACAUCGGUUAUUGUCGUAAAUUUUGGUAUCGGCAAAUUUUCGGUUUAUUGCCCAGCCCUAGUAUCCUGUGUUUCUUAUACACCUUUCAUUAAGUGGAUCUGGAUUUUUCACUCUCCUUAGCAAACAUUGAGGCACAGGAUGUGGAGUUUUAAACCAGUUUUAUGGCACGUCUUCUUCAACUGGACUUUUUUUUCCCCUCAGCAUUAAAACUAGACUGUUAAAAAAAGAGCCAUGCAAACUCUGAGAUUUGCAGAGAUAUGCACAAAGUCAGACACCCGCCCCCAGUCGGUGAGCAGCAAGGACCAGCCGCUGAUGUCCCUAAAUGAGCUCCGUGCUGGUACUAAAGGAGGAAUUUCCUUUGAGGUUGUCUCUGUUCAUUUUUCAGCAAGCUUAGCUUUCUGCUUUUGCUUUCUGAUGGAACAGCAAUGCAGCUGAAGUCUUUCAGCGAUGCACAUGGAGUCCUUAAUUUGUUUGCAGCACAUCUCACCAAAAAUUAGUUAAGCAAAACAACUUGCUGUUGAGGCUUUCUCUGCAAUUUAUAAUCCCUCCCUCAUUUUUAAGCUUCAGAAGCUUUUACACUGUGAUUCAGUCAGCUCUCAAGUUCAUUCGGUAAGCUGCACUAACUCUGUUUUCGGCUUCUGAAGGUGCUUUUUUUUCUGUCCAAACACUAAUGGAGAUGCUUUUGUCUGUUAAGUGUGUUUUUUUUCACUGGUGUGUCUUUGUGGAAACGUAAUUUCGUCUGCCUUUUCCCGGUGAAAGUCAAACUAAAGUGGUUGCCGGCCGUGCCUGAUAAGACAGCCAUUUUCUUUCAGAGUGUUUUGAGAUGUUAUAAGCCGUUGCAGAACUCUUCUGCCCAUCCUGGAUAAAAAGCUUAGGAAGUAAAGAAGAGAGGAUGAGAAAGAGAUGUUCUCUCUUUACCUCCAUAGUUGUGCGAGUCUGUCUUUUACAACCAGAUCUCCCUUUCUUGCAUCUACCCUCAUUUUAUCCCUGUCUCUAGCUUGUUUAUUCUCCGUGUUUACUUCUCUCUCCAUAACCCUCUUUGCUCCAUCUUUUUAUCCCUUUAACAAUCCCUGCACCAUGAACAAAUCAGAUUUUAAUGGGUCACUUUGAAAACAGUGUGGGACUAAAUAUCCAAAUCAUUGUUACCUUUAGAUACGUGGAUCUUCUGACUCAAGGUAGAUUCACAGACCGUCAGGAGCUCAUAGAUAAUGUAGACAAUAAUAUGUAACAUGCUGUUUUUUCUUUCUUAAUUUCAAUUUCAAGACUUGAUUGAAAUGACCUGAUAAAUUAUACCGGAUGUUACCCAAGCUGUGAUUUCACCCACACAGACAAAUAUGCAAAUGCUGCAUAAAAAUGUGUCAUGUUAAUUAUUUCCUCCCCCUCUGUCUCCAUCUUCAGAGGCUAUGCGGUGGCCAGCAGCAGUGAUGACAGAAUGAAUGAACCCCCCACCUCUCUGGGACUGGUGCCACAUCAGGUCAGACACACACGCCUGCCCGCCCAGAGCUAUUAUUGAAGUAGAGUACCAACAGUCUAUGCUGCGUGCUUGCUUCUCCUUGCCAUUUUCUCUUCUUUGCUACAUGAUGUCAGCCACCGACAUAUAAAAAUGUAUGAGCUUAUAAGCCACAGCGUUUUUCAGUUCAUCUAGAAAUCAAAGCAGUUAAAUCUGGAUCAAACACUCUCAUACUUAUUUACAUACUUGUGAUUUUUUAUUAUUGAGAAAAAAUCCAAAGAUAAAACUUGUUUCAUUAAAAAAGAUAAAAAAUAAAGCUUUGAUAUUGCCCUCAUCAUAAACAUUAUCCCCUUCAUGUUGGUAAUGAGAUGCAGACUAAGAUUCUUUGUAGUCACUUUUAAGACGGUGUGAAUCCAGUUCAAUGUUUGUUAAGGAGAUUGUGGUUUGUGCGACUGAUUGAUAGCCAGUAUCCUGUCAGGCUAGUUUCAUUUGGUUGGUUACAGUUUAGUUCAGUGUCACAUUUGGUUGAGUUUAAUUUAGUUUUAGUUUAGGUAAAAAGUUUAGGUAAGCUUCAUUAAGUCUAGUCGAGUUGAGUUCAGCGUUAAGUUGCGUUGCGAUAAGUUGUGUUAAAUUAAGUUGCGUUAAGUUCAGUUUAGUUUAGUUUUAGUUUAAAGUUAGGUAAAAUGUUUAGGUAAGCUUUAUUAAGUCAAGUCUAGUUUAGUUGGGUUCAGUGUUAAGUUGCGUUUAGUUGUGUUGCGUUUAGUUUUGUUACGUUAAGUUGCGUUAAGUUUAGUUUCAGUUUAAAGUUUAGGUAAAAAGUUUAGGUAAGCUUCAUUGAUAGCUGACUGAGUGAUAGCCAUUAUCCUGUUAGGCUAGUUUUAUUUGGUUGGUUACAGUUUAGUUCAGUGUCACAUUUGGGUAAGUUUAGUUAAGUUUAGUUUAGUUUUAGUUUAGGUAAAAUGUUUAGGUAAGCCUCAUUAAGCCUAGUCUAGUUGAGUUAAGUUCAGCAUUAAGUUUAGUUAUGCUAAAUUAAGUUAAAUUGAGUUAAGUUGAGUUAGGUGAAGUUGAGUCCGGUUUGGAGCAUAUUUACAUCUGUGGUCCCUGGGCGGGCCAAUCUUAAGAGUAAAGAAAUUUGAAUAUCUGGUCAGUAUAGUGCGGUCAAUUUCACGAUUACAAAGUUCUGCCCCAGAAAUACAGAUACAGUUCUCUGAUAUCCUUUUAACGUUGCUUAACAAUGUUAAAAUCCAUUUUGAAAUAUCUGUCGUAAUCCUUUUAUAUAAGUCAAAUUUUCUUUGGUAGGUCUUCGGUGGUCUUUACAUCCUGCAAAGCAGUCUUUAACCAAUGCAUUAAAUUGGCAACAUUUCAGUGACUGAUUGUUAGAUGGGUCAGGAAGUUUAAAAUGGUGAUUUGUUUUUCUUGGAUGGUUAAGAAUCGAGGUGCAGUCGUUCUGAACUGGCGUGGUUGCUCAGAGUCUGGGGGUGUGAGGCUUGUUAGAUGUCCUGCCAAAUUCUGGAGGACGGUGCCGGAGAUGGAUUAUGGUUGUGAAAUGGAAAUUCAAAGGACUGGCAACAGCUGUGAUGAAUGUCUCAGCAGUUAGCACGCCAACUGCAUGCUCUAUCAAAACUUAUAUUGUGUUAUUUGAUCAAACAUCACAUCUCGAAGCAGCCCCUUCAUUGUUGACAGCCUGAGGCACACCUGUGUAAUAACCAUGUUAUCCGAUCAACAUCUGGAUGAGUCAUACCGCUUUGUUGUGCGGACUAUUUUGGCAAAGAAAUGAUGCAUUUAAACUCACUCUGAAAGGAAACAAAUGGGUUUUAAAAAAAGUAUCAAUCCUUAUUUUCACUGUCAGAGAUUAGAUAAGUGUGGCAUCAAUAUUUUUCAGCAUGAAUGAAAAAUCUCUGCCGGAUAUGUGCUCAGAGUUUAAGAGUGAUGCUGAGGAAAUUACUGCAGUUUUUUGCUUUGCCUCCUAAGUUUGUGAAACCCUCAGUGACAAUGACAGUAAACAUUACAGAUGAUGCAAGAACCAGGCACAUAUUUUUUAAUAGUUAAAGCAGGUUUUGCUAGGAACCUUGAGUCAUUUAGCCUCCUGGUCUUGAUUACAUCAGCUCUGAAAAGGUCAAAUAUACACAAUAAACGUAAGAACUAACCUUUAUGAUGUGGUGCUGCAUGAAAUAGAUAGGUGAGUCACAUUUAUUGUCCGUCUGUUUGUUUUCUUUAACCUUUAUAAAGUAGCUUUUAACUCUAUUUCAUUCAUUUAUCUGUGUAUAUGUUCAUGCAGUUAAUAAUUGUAUACUUCUUUCAGGCACUUUAAGGUUGCAUUUUUUUCUUUAUAUGUCUGAGGUGUCCCUGUUUGUGAAUGGACAAGACCUGCAUUUGCGAUUCCUGAGUCAAGUCAGGGAGAAAACAGCUCUGCAGUAAAUUCCACAUGACUUAAGGAUGUUGAUAUCCAGUCUCUGUUGAUGGUAAAUGUUGUCAGCGUCAGUAAUCAACUCCCCAGUGUGCACUUAACUUGAUGAAAAACCUGACUGACAGAGCUGUGCCUGCAGAGUCUGCAUGUACCAGUAUGCACUUACCCAAGCAGUAACAGCCCAGCCUGGGACUUGCUCCAAAGCGUUUCAUGGUGGUACAUCCAAACAAAUACACUGAUGAGUAAUCAAACAACAAAAAGCACUGUAAAAGUGUCCACAGGAGUAAUUUCAUACCCACUCAGACUGAAGGAUACAUCUCUUUCACUUUUUGUUUGGGCCCUAAAAUUCAAGACUGAAGUUAGUGGAGGCUGAAGCAGACUGGAUUUCUCCCUGGCGUCCGAGUUUGUCAACUGAGAACAAACAGGAAUUCAGCUUUGUUGAGCUUUCCUCAGAAACAGAGAUCAAAACAACACAAUUGUGCUUUGGCUGUUUAUGUUUCAGUCAGUUUAUGCUUUGAAACACGGAGGCUUGAAUCCAUCCCUUUAUGAGCUGUUUGGACACCCCCAGCAGUGCUGAUAAUGAUCAAAAAAAGAUGUAUGUUAUUUUUACAUUUGUAGAUUUGCGCCUCGUUACAGAAAACAGUGCAUUUUAUCAGCAUCAUUGUAAUGGUCACUUAAUGUUUGAAAAUGAAGGAUGAAACAAAAACAAGAGUGCAGAUACCCAGAAGUGGAAAAGGGGGUACCUAUGAGUGUGACCUGACACAGGAGCUCCUAUAGUUCAUAUUGAUAUGCAUCAGACAGAAACAAAGAUGAGUCAUUCACACAGGCCAAAUUAACUGGCAUAACUCAUUAACAGAUUGGAUUAUACACGACAAAUCACUGCGGGUCCACUCCAAAAGAGCGCAUGCAGUUUUCUUUGUUCAGUUUUUGGCACAGUCUGCAUACCAAUAAUUAGGCCUACUCUGCCAAGGGGUCGGCACAUUAAGGUCCCAGCCUUCAUCUGAUACCCAGCUGAAGAUGCACCAGGCCCUCAUGCCUAUCCCUGCAGUUGUUGGGACCAUAAGAAAGGCCACCAACUGGUUCCUUAGACAGCAUAAGGAAUCGGUUGAGGUGUUUGGUCAUCUAAUAAGGAUACCAUCGAGACACCUCCCUCUGGAGGUCAUCCAGGCAUGUCCAACUUGGAGUAGACUCCAGGGUAUUUUGACCCAGUGUGCAAUGGAGGGUUAUAUAUCCCGUCUGGUCUGGGAAAACCUCUUGAUCCCUCAGGAGGAGCUGGAAAGCAUUGGAGGGGAGAAGCAUGUCAGGGGAUACUUGCACAGCCUGCUGCUUUUGUGAUGCUGCUCUGGAUGAGAGAAGAAGAGAUUAGGUGGACAGAUGGAUGGAUUGGUCAUUUUUAUUGUGCUGUUUUUAUAAAAUAAGCAGCAUACUAAUUCCAACUGCCUCAUCAAGAGAAGGUGAAGAUUAUGCAUCCUGAGAAUGAAGGAUGUUCCAUCUCUUACAUGUAUGGAUAUUAAGAAGAAGGCAUUGGCCUAGGAUAAAGCCUUGUGGCUCACCAUAACAUCAUCAUCAUCAUCACUAAAACUGAAGUGAUAUCUUUGUGAAGAACUAAUUAAUUCUGUCUUAAAGUGAAUUGGUGUCACAGAAAAUCUCAGAAAGAAACCAAUCAAAGCAACAACUCUUUCACGAGCAAGGCCAUAACUCCAGACAUGAAUGCUGUAAUAGGGCUGGGCGAUAAACUGGAAAUUUACCGAUACCAGAAUUUACGACAAUAACCGACGUCAUUAAAAGUUGGUUUUGGGUGUGUGUAGGUAGGCUAUGGUCUCAUGUCCUCUUAAGACGCUGUCCUACGCAAAGACGUGACUCCACCCCAUCCAGUCCGUAACAAAGAGGGAAAGACAAGUGAGGAGAUGGAGGACGGUUCAAAAGUUGUAGCGGCUGAAGUAGACGAAGUUAAUGUGGGAGGGGGUGAGCAGCUUGUGGAGUAGUUAUUGUCCAUAUUUUGUUAUCGAGGUGAACUGCUCAAUAUAUCAUGAUAUUGAUUUGAGGCUGUGUCGCCCAGCCCUACGUUGUAAUGAGUGAGUUUACUAAUAAUGCUUCUGAAAGAACUGCAAGAAUGAACAUCAAGUUAUUUAGUGUGUUUGUACCACCUGUUUAUUCACUUUUCAAAGUUGUAUUUUAGCAUCUGUUUACUUUAUUUUCAGUUUGUUUAUUUUCGUUAUUAAUUUCAUUCAUUCAGCACCUGUUUACUGUCUAAGAGCUUUGGGUGUUUCUAGCAUUAACCAGCCAGCUGCAGCCUCAUGAAUGUUUUUCUCGUACUCACCUGUGGAAAAACUCUCAUUCGGCUUUGUGAUGGUGACAUGAGAGUCCUGGUUGAUUUUCAGAACCACGUGUAGCAUUCUGGUGUUGCAUCCAUCCAGGGACUUCUGCAGGGUUGGCUUCACGGUUCUUAAAGAGUUGAAGCAGAACUCUGUAUGGUGGAUUAAUUGGACUUUAACAGUCUCACCCUUCCUCACCAGAGUCCUUAUCUGAAGUUCAAAUCUCACAAUAUUUGAAGCCGCCAAACUUUCCGCCAGACACCGGAGAUAAGUGGUCUGGGAGGAAGUUGUUUUGUGCACUUCCAUUUCCUUAUUUAUUCAUCAAGUCUAAAUCACACCUGUGCUGAUAGAGAUUUGGCAUUUUACGUGUUUUUUUCUACAGUCUUUCAAGCGUACUAGCCUGUAUAAAAGCUCACUUUUUCCAACACAGCAUGUCCUUUUAUCCAGGAGUGUUUAAAUGAAGGGCUAUAUUACUCCACAGGGCGUUACAUUUAUGUAGAGAGGUUUUUAGACUCCAGCUGGACGCCUCAUUAUUCCCAGAUAACUCACCUUUUAAAGCAUUAUCAUGUUUCUUUUGUGACUAUAUUUUAAAAACCAUUUUCAGCUGCUUCCCAUUUUGCUUUCCUCCACCGAAAAUCCAUCUAAAUAAUAAUACCACCACCAUGUCCACAGUUUUCCCCUAUAAAAUUGCCAAUGUGAUUAAAUAAUGAACAAUUAGACUACAUUCAAACUGUGCAGUGACCUGAUAAGCACUUAUGCCGCCGUAGCUGUAUUACCGUUUGAGUAAAUAUAUGUUCAAACUCGCUGAAUGUGCGUUCAAGAAUUUCUGAUUCCACAAGGGUGAAGUAGGUCAACCUCUUUUUGUCAGUUGUUGCCAUGGUGAAUGCAACUGCAGCAUGGGGUCGCCAUGUAUGUUGGCUUUUGAUGGUCACUGUGCAUGUGUUGAACUCUAUACCAGCUUACUCAGAGUUUGAUGAACAUCUGAGUCGAUCAUCUGAAGCUAAAUCGACUCAACCUUCUGCCCUGAGAUUAUGGUCUAGUAUUAUUUUGAAGAGGGGGAGAGAGAGAGUGUAUGUCCCCCUUGAAACAUCCUUGCCUGGAUGUCAAACUCCUGGUUAUGCUGUUUCUGACCUUGCGCCUCUGUGCAGCACUCUUAUGCGUCAGAGAGGGUCUAGAGAAACAGUCUAAACCUUGAAUAUUCCAUCAUUAUUCAUUUUGCAUUUUUCUGUUCAUAAUCAGAAAAUUGGCCGCUGUGUGUGCAUGAAUCUUCCAGAUAAUACCCCAAAAAACCUUUGGAUGGGAAUGUGAUUCAUUUCAGAAGCUUAGAUAAAAAAAAAACCUAAGACAGUUUACUUUGCUCAUGUCUUAUAAUCAGUAGAGGUAACACUCUAAUGUCAUUGAUUAGAUCAAAACAGAGGGCUAAUCAUUUACACAAAGAAACACAGACAUCUUAAGUUGACCUAGACCUGAAGAGCAGUCUUAUUCAAAGUAUGAUGAGCUGAUUAAACUGAUGAUUGGGGAUAGGGGUCACCAAAUAAAAGAGGACCAGACAGUCUGCAGCCUUCCAAGCUGUGUCCUUUAGCUCACUGAUACUUACCGCACAAAGAUUUCACCACCGCCAUUUGCAUCAUCAUCUUCAUCCUUAUUCAUCAGCCUGAGAAUUUGAAUUUCUGCCAUUUGCUUGACACCUCUGCCGCUCUUGGCAUUUCAGCUAAAUAAUGUGGAGGAGAGUGGGGAUGUAAAUAGGCUGUGUGUGUGUGUAAGAUAGUGUAUUCAUGUGUGUGUGCGUGUGUCUGGAUGGAGGAGAGAAGGCAGACAAGGUUACAAGAUAAUAGUGACCAAAGAGAUAGACAUGUUGGGUGAAUAAUAAGCAUAAAAGGAUUAAUAAUGUGUGUGUUUACCCAUUUUCUGUAUUUGCGAUGCUGGACAGGAUGUUCCUCCAGCUAUUGGCAGCUUAAGCACUCUGCAGCUGAGAGGUUUACUGUCUCUCUUUUCUGUGGUGCCACAGUGACAGCUUGUGGCGGGGGAGCUAAACUUCAUAUUUAUUCACAAGUGACAGAGCAGGCCCCGUUAUACAACACAUGAUCCCAUCUUUUAAACUCUUUCUUCUGUUGUUGAUGUGCAAUCAUCACCAGGGAUGACUUUUGAUCCGACAGUUUGUUGUGUUGCUUUAAACCUUUAACUCGUCAAGCUUUAUAUCUGAAAACCACAGAGCAGAGUUUAUCCUGAACAUUUUUUUGUUUCAUUUCUGUGCGGUACAUCACCUCGGCACUUUGUUACUACAAAGCACCUGAAGUCUCUCAAGGGGAUAAAACUUGUCUCGUAAGCUGAAGUUAUUAUCCGGUGCUCGCAGUUCAAUUAUCUUGUGCAUGCAAGUUAUUAACCUCUGCAAAUGCAGCCGUGGUAUUACAUCCCCUUGCUAUCAAUUGUUAUCACAUGCCAUUAUUCGUUACUAAUUUUCUAGUUUUAUGGUGUAAAUACUGUUUAUAAUGUAUUCUGAUGAGUUAUAAUUGAGUACUGGCAUUUUGUGGGUGGCAUAAAUGCACUCUGCAGAACAGGGUCUAAGUAGCUCAACUUGAAUAUAUUAGAGAUAUGAGAGAUAGUCAGUGUUUGUGAUAAAAGUGCUAAAUAAUCAUGUGGCGUGUUGACAGAACCUCCAAAUUUGAUGGAAACCACUUGUAGUGACUGGCAACUAGGGCUGGGUGAUAUGGCCUCAAAUCAAUAUCACGAUAUAUUGAGCAGUUCACCUCGAUAACGAUAAGUAAAAGAUAACUACUCCACAAGCUGCUCACCCCCUCCCACAUUAACCUCAUCUACUCGAGCCGCCGCUCCAGCUGCUCCAACUUUUGAACCGUCCUCCAUCUCCUCACCUGUCUUUCCCUCUUUGUUACGAACUGGAUGGGGUGGAGUCACAUCUCUGACGUAGGACAGCGUCUUAAAGGGACAUGAGACAAUAGCCUAUCUACACACAUCCAAAAACAACUUUUACUUAUUUGUUUUUUUUUUUUACACAGAAUAUAUUGACAUGGGCAAAAUGACGUUGGUUAUUGUCGAAAAUGUCGGUAUCGGAAUAUUUUCGGUUUAUCGCUACUGGCAACCUACAGUAUAUGCAGGGAAAACUCAGAUAGUAAACAGGAGACAUGAAGCAAACGACACAGAAGUGACUUCAACUGUAACUUAGACGGUCGAGGGAGAAGGGAACUAACUUGAACUUCUCAUCCAGCCUUCAGCUUUCCCAGGAUGUCAGAGAAGGGCUUAUCCACUUCCCUGAAGGUUAAGAGUGAGAGUGCAAGGAGCCUCUUGUUUAUUCUAUGCUCGAGGGUCAGCGGGCGAGUUUGCCAGCUGCCUUAUGGGUCUCAGAGUGACACUGCUUCACCAGCCUCUGCUCUGGCUGUCUCACCAUGCUGCUUGUAAACUGGUUACGCAAACUCUGACUACCCAUGUGUCCAGUGACAGGUGCCAAGUAGGGAUGGGCGACAAAUUAUCGUUCACUACAUAUUGUCAGAAAAAUCCUCCAUGAUAAAUAUUUGCCAUCUAAUGAUAAAUAUGUUAAAUGCAAGUUGAUGACGUAAGCAGGAGCGACAGACAAACAAACAUGGCCAAAGGUGGAGAAAAACACAUCACUGAGCAGCUUGUUGCUAAACAAGUCUCCACAUGAGGGAUUUCCUUCAAGAUCGGGGCUUAGACGAGUGCAAUCAGGUAUGUCUGACAUUGGACAGAGGAUCUGUUCAUUCUGUGCAAUAAGAGUUUUCAACAAAAGUAUUUUCACAUUUCACUAGUUUUCUCCGUAACAUACCACUUAAAGUUGUGGUUAAGUAUCUUAUUUGACUUUUCCAACUAGUGACCUCAAGACAGUAUGAGUCAAAAACAUAGAUAGGAAUUAUAUUUUUUAUCAGGACUUUUAUCGUUUAUCGCGAUAAAUAUUUAGCCUAUAUCUCCCAUCCCUAGUGCAAAGUCGCUGCAACACCUGAACUGGGAGGAAAACUCUCUCCCUCUCACUUCCCUCAACCUGCACUUGGUCUGAACUGAGUGGACCUGGAGUAGGAGGGCUGGGGAAGAGGUGAUGAGCUUCAUCAGAUAGAACUGUAAACAGAGGAAGCACAAGAUGAUUCACAGCAACCUUGUUGGGCACUUACAGCUGUGUGGGUGAUUGUGUGAGUUGAAACAUUUUUUGGAUGACCUCAGAUGUUUCGUUAUUAGUCUCUAUUUUUACCACUGUAACAAUGCGUCCUCUGUCCCUUUGGUGCAGGUUCAAAGAAAAACAUUCAAUAUGUGGAUUUGAAAAACAGGUUCAUCCACUCGUAAACAAAGGAGAAGGAAAGUACACAGUUUUAGUUCCAAAACAUGAGACUUGACAAAACAGUACACGACGUAAAUCAGUUUUUUUUUUUUUACUUUUUAUGAAGCCCAGUGUCUCAAAUUUUCCUUCAAAGCUUUUAUAGAUAAUGAAUUACAUGACAUCAUUGGUCCAUUUACACAUAAGAAAGAGAUAACUACUCCAGCAGUGGAAAAAAGAAGAAUUGGGCGACAGAGCAGGGACCUUUAAUCUGAGAUAGACAGACUUUGAGUAGCUGGCUGCAGGAAUAUGGAUUAUCAAGAUGGCAAAAAGUUAGACUUUGAAAAUGAUAGGUCUUUAUUCCUCAAAAGCAGCAGUACAGCCUUGACCUCAUUAUAUGCCCUCUUAUUAGUCCCUGCAGUGAAUUUAGAGCCACUUGUCUGUUCAGGUCCAUCUCACGUUCCCACGCUCACCUUUCAGGCUGACUCACUCAAACUCUCGCUUGUUAAUUUGUUAGAAAAUUUGACCGAACUUGUUUGCUCUGCCAGGUUCCUUCAUUUUUUUUUUACUUCUCAUUACUGUAGUCAAUUUCCCAGUCUCUCUAUCAGUCUUGAGUCCUCCCUUUUCAGUCCUUGAGUGGAGUGGACUAUUUUAAUUGGAAUUCUCAGUACAGAGAUAACAAGAUAUAAGUGGCAAGAAGAAGUUAAUGUGAUGAGCCUCUAGCUGAGUUUUCUUUUUUUUCUUUUGCAAAUUUACUCUUUUGAAGAAGAGCCACUGGUCUUUACUAUCUGUUAUAAUUAGACUCACAGAUCUGAAUAUAAAUCUUGUAGGGCUGUAAUAACCAAAGAAAUUCUUGAUCGACUGAAACCUUGAAAUUUUCAACCAAAAAUCAGCUAAUAAGGGGGGAUUUUUCGCAGCUCGGCGGAGCGUGGUUGGGCGGUUGAUAUCAUCACAAGAAGGCAAUUUAAUACUUACGGCUAAAAUACUAAAAUAUAAAAAUUCAGCAAACCACCGGACGUUGAUUAAUGUGAACGCGCUUCAAUCUUCCUGUCUCCAGCCAGUCUCUAGUGGGUUGGGCGAAUCCAAAAUGGUGAAAACAAGGGAGGUGUUCUGAGACAGGCUGUUACCUGUGAAUAUAGACUGUAUAUUGAAUGGACACCACGUGAACAGCAUCCUCUGGUAAUGGGCUGCAGUAUAGGUCGUGAAUCCCGCCUGACCCAGCAAUCCUUAUGGAGCUGUGGACAAACUUUAGAAAUUUAUUACACAGAAUUUAAAUUUUUCUCUCCCCUGCUUGUGACGUUGACAUGUAGUUACUGUCAGACUGGUUUGUGCUCAAGUCCUCUUUUUUCUGUACAGCUCCAUUUUUAAAAGUUACUCGGGGGUUCAUGUUUUCUAUGAUUGACACUUGAUACAGCCUAUAGGCGUACGAAGAUUGCGUAGCUCAACCUGGGGAUACGCUGUUUGAGUGGAGCGUCAUCACAGUGACUCUCGGCGACUCUCCUGCCAAAUGCGAACAACGCUACUGCGCAAUGUUGGUUUCAGAAAGUGGAGAAAAACACAGAAUUACAGAGAGCUUUUGGGCUUCAAAUCCAUAUACUGGUGGAAAGUGGAACCAAGUUGUCCAUAGUAUAUACAGUCUAUGCCUGUGAAAUGGGGGUGCUUUGAAAACACCCCCAUUAGCACUUGGUAUGUUCCUCCUGAUGAAAUUAACCAUUGACUGUUAAUUGACGCAGAAAAAAAUCGAGUUGACCAAUCGACUCAGCUCAUAUCGACCAAAAAGUCUACCAGUCGUCUUUGACUCUACAGUCCUAAAAUCUUGCACUUGAGGGCUUUGCAGUUUCAAAGUUGGUGCUGGAGUAAGAGUCAUUUAUAAGUAUUUUUGUGUACGAUGAUGUCAUGAUGGUUAAAGCCACAAUCAACUGAAAGGUCUUAAUUCACCGAGCACUUUUCACAAUAGAUUGAUCCAUUUUCUUCUAUUUCAUCACCGUAUAAUUAUAGCGAGAGAGCCACUUCAUGAGCAGGUCGGUCCACACACGUCACCAGAAAACAUAAUGGACCGCCGGGCUUUUUAUUUCAAGCGAGUGGAUGUGGGCACAAGAGAGAGAAAGCGAGAAAAGGAGGGAAAUGAUGACUGGAAAAUAUUAGUGAUGAGUGGCGUUUCAACAUGUGUCACCGUAGAGUUUGUUGGUGUGUGUUUGUACAUGUUUGGAGGGGUGGGGAGGGGGGCCCUUUCGACACUCAUCAAGGUAAUUAGAUUUAAUGACUGCAGCCAAAAAUAGGUGCGAGGGCUCUCAGGGGCGAGAGAUGGGGAAAAUGUUUGCAGCAGCUUUUCUGACACAAGAGGGCGCUCUCAGCAUGAGUUUAAACUGGAGAGCCACACAAGCACCUAAAGUUUCAAACCACAGAUAUCAUGUUUAUUCCCUUACUAUUGUAUAUUUAUGUAUUCUAACAGUUAAUGAAGGUGUUAAGAGUAAUUUUUCCCUCACAAGCUGAAUUACCUCUCACCAGGAUGCACUUUUUAAUAAACUUAUUCUGUCUUAAUUUUGUGUUUUUAUCAUCAUCUCCCUUUUUAAAUGGUUCUGUUUGAUGUCCUGAUUUUGACAUGUUGAUUUCUUCUCUCACAGAUCCGAGGUUUCCUAUCCAGGUUUGACAACGUCCUGCCUGCCAGCCUAGCCUUCGACAAAUGCACCGCCUGCUCCCCCAUUGUAAGUUGCCCGUAUUGUAACAGAAUAGAUCUUAAAGUCUGUUUUUUACGAUCCACUCUUAAAUAUUUUGACUCUCAGUCGUCAUGUUACAACUUUGUUAUGAACCACAAGUUGCAGCCGUUGCAGAAAUAGGGGGAUUCCCAUCUCUCCCAUUUCUGCAUUGUUGAGCCAGUUGAGCUGUGUUGAAAUGUAGGUCCAUGAGGAAUACUGAACACACACACACAAUCGCACACACACAGUCGCACACACACAGCCGCACACAAACACGGGGAGAGCUAGCAAAGCCAUAUGGUAGCAAUCAGGCAGCAGUUGCUCAUUGAUGUCAGUUACUGUCUUAUGAGUGGAAUUAGCUCCCACCACUGCUGUGUGCAUGUGUGUGUGUUUGUGUGGUAAGUGUGUAGAGAGGAGUUGUUGAAGGGUCUACAUGUCCCACAUUACCCUCGGCGGUGGGAGAACCACUGCAGCCUUAUCCACUGGGCUAAACCCAACUAAGUAGCCAAUCAUUGCUGCAGGUGGUUGCCCCUGUCCUGCGAUGUGAUUGGUUGAAUUAGUGUAAGACCAGGAUUUGAGAGGGGGGGCAUCUAAGAGAGGGAAAAAGUUAAGAAAAAGAAGAAAAAGUAAGAUAAGGGCGAGGGGGCUGGGGGAAAGAGAGAGGAAGUACAGGGUUGAAGAAAGGCUGUUGAAACGAGCGGAGGCCUGGUUCACUCUCUCUUUACUCCCCCCCUUCUCCGAUCUCAAUGCAGUCUUUGUGUCUAUAAAGAGGUCAUAAAGCCCCAGAUCUAUCACUUUCAUGAGAAGACAGAGUGAGUGAGACACAGAGGGAGAAACCAAGAGGCAGAGGGGGGGAGGGAAGUUGGCUCGCUUGUACUAAGAGAAAAAAAAAAAAAAGUUUUCUCCACCUACGCUGCCUCUGAAAAAAAAAAAAAAAAAAAAAAGCAAAGAGAAAAGAUGAAGUUCCAGCCCAUCUUAAGGUGUCAUGUUUCUGCCUGUGUGACUGAUGAGAUUAUUCGGUCUGCACAGAGGGUUCAUAAGGUUUGACAGGGUUUGGCUGGGGUCUGUGUAGUCAGGAACAAUGAACAACACAAGUUAGGAAAGAUGAUCCUUUGCUGAGGAAGGGAUCUAGGCUGAGUAGUGAAAUUGGUGAAAAUGUUUUGAUUCCCUAAAUCCCACCCACACACAUUUUCCCUCUCUCUCUCUGUUUUGCAUCUGCUUAUCUGCUGUUAACGCUUUCCUCUCCGCCAGUCCGACCCUCUUUUCUUCCUCCUCUUCUUACCUUUCCUCCCUCUCCUAUAUUUCUCUCCCCUUUGUGCGUCUCUGUCCAUCUAUCAGCCCACUGUAAUGUGUGUGCGCCGCUCUUUGUCUUCUGUGUGUGUGUGUGUGUGUGUACUCUUGCUGCAGUCAGCUGUGUGCUGCCAGGUCACUAUGGAAACAAAACAAUUCAGCCCCUGUCUGGGCUGGAGCAGUUCCUGUAGAGUUGGGGCUUUUUCACUUUGCGUGUGUGUGUGUGUGUGUGUGUGUGUGUGUGUGUGUGUGUGUGUGUGUGUGUGUGUGUGUGUGUGUGUGUGUGUGUGUGUGUGCAUUUCCUAACUCUUUUCUGGGGCUGAAAGCCAAUAAAGCUACACGCCAGAGAGUAAAUCACAGCUGACGUGGCUUUGUAUUACACUGUGCCAGACACCUCUUACUACAAAUACUUGGACUUACACUACCAAAUAUGCUAACACUAUUAAUAGCAGACAGUUUUCACAUUUGUAGCGCAGAAAGAGCAGAAAAACUGAGUUAGUCACAUGACACACAAUGUAUUUUGAUAGCAAAUAUAUCAGAGAUUCGCUGAAUGUGAAAAUCACGACCAAUAUCAACAUCAAUAUGGAUGUUUAAGGUAACAGUUUAGUCGUAAGAUGACGAGUUAUGAGAUUUUGAUGUAUUUACAUUGUUGUUAGUGGUCACUUCUUUUAUUCCCAUAACACCAUAACAAUCUGAUAUGAUGUGAAGUAUGAUUGUUGGUUUCAUGAGACAUAAUUAGACUGUGAAGUCAUUUGAUAAGUCACUCAAAAUGUAAAAUGGUGAUCUUGUGUCAAUUGGACAGACUGCUGUUUGAACAUAUCAAGUAUUUUCUGGUUAAAGCUUUAAAAAUCUGAUUAUUUGCUGACUCUCUUUUUGUUCAGCAGAUAUUAACGGAGUGGUUUAGAUUUCAGAUUGUUAACCAGACAGAUUAAGAACUACAAACCCUUUCUUACAUGGAUUAAGAUCAAGUUCUUACAGAAAUCAUUUCAUAAUUGGUGGAUUUCUUGAUGAUAAUUUCUGAUUAUUACAAGACUGCAGCUUUAAAAUCUUUCAUCAAAGCCAUAUUGUUACAGUAGAUUAGGGUGUACUUAUUUGAGAAAGACUGACUCUCAGAGUAGAUUCAAAUAAAACAGGGACAAUAUUAAAGAUCCCCUAUUAUGGCAUAUUUCAUCAAGUUUAAAUUGGUCCCAGUGGUCCCACAAGACUACAUUUGAAGUUUUUUGUCAAGCAACAGUUCAUUUGUGGAUAUUAUCAGCCAUCCUGUGCCCUCCUUUUUUUGAGCUCCACUGAGAACGAGUUGAUUCUGCGCCUGUACCUUUAAAUGAUAAUGAGCUGUGUGUAACCACGCGAUUGCAGCCAAAGCACUAGUAAUAAGGGCGACAAUAAAACAACAUAAAAUGGUAAAACUUACAGCUUCCACGUUUGAAGUUGGGUACCUGACAUGGACAGUCGGUACGGAUCCAGGUUUUAUCUUCAGCUUCUUAGUGAAUCCUGCUUUGAACUGCCCCUCGCUGGUAAAACAGUCCGUGGUGAAAUGGUUAUCACACACAUACAACAUUUUCAGAGUUGUUGUGGGUACAUUUCCAUCAAAAAUAAAAUUAAUCCACUGGGUCCUCAAAUCUUCUGAAGAAGGAGGCAGAAAAAGACUUAUGGCUUAUGCGUUCAUGUCGCCAUAACCGCACAGCUUUUCCAUUCGCCAGUUUGCGCUCAUGUUUUCAGAAAGAAGGGGAAGGCAAGAGAGAGAGAGAAUGAAUACUGAAAUUAUGUCCGAUAUGGUUUUGUACAUAUCUUUUCUGUCGCCAAGUAAAAACUCAAUAUUUUUGCACUUUCUCCAAAAUCUGAAGUAUUGCAAGAGUCAUUGCUGUAGUGCACGUAAAGUCUCAUAACACCCUUUACAUUCAGAGCAGCAAUAGUUUUCAGUUGCAGUUUAGGUCAGGCUUAAGAGUUUUAAAGAGAGACUACAAAGACUUUUGAAAUAUUUUUAUGAGCUUUUCUUUAAAACACACAAAAACCUGAGUUUUGACUCAAUGAGUCAGUAUGGAGUGUCUGUCUGUGUCCGUCUGUAUGUGUCUGUGUGGUUGUGUGCGAGUGACCCGCUGUGUCGACCUUACAUAUUAACAGAGGAAGUCAAAGGCAUUGAGUCACCAGGAGCUGUUUACUCAUAACGCUCAGGAAGCUCUGAGCGCAACAUCGAGGCAAAACCACUUAGCAAGAGCCGCUCUGCGUUUUAUCGGUAGUUGUGCGUCAGUCUUGAAAAAUACUCAAAAUUACACACCUGGGAUUGUGUUCAGAGCUCUUUCUUUACAGUUUAAUUCCUUCUUCUGCUGAUAAUGCUGUGUCUGUUAAAAGUCUAUAAGCAGUCCAUAACAAAGGGAUUUAGUUGUGUCUGUUUUUUGUACUUUAAAUCGACAGCAAACCACAAUCUUUAUGUUUAGAAUUUAAAGUGAAGCUCUUGUAAGCUCGACCGCUAACUGUAUGUUUGAUACACUAAAUGAUAGACACACCAACAAACAAACAACAAGCACAUGUUGAUAUCUACAGUAUGGAUCCAUAAACCACUGAAAGAAAACAUCAGCACUCUAGAUUAAGAUGAGGGGCAGAGAUUUAUGCGACCCCGGUAGGAAGGAAGUCUACAUCCACGUGUGUGUAAACAUAUGUGUAGCACACCAUCUAAUCCAGAUGUUGACAGCUCUGUUCAAAGCUUAGUUUAAUUGAUGCCAACUGUCGACAGCAUGUACAGCAUCUGUUCUGUUGUGGUCUUUCGUAUUUUUGCAUAUUUCUUGGCACAGCUGUGUCAGUUCUGUCCCGGUAGAUUCUAGUUUUCGUUUCUUUUACUCCAAAAUCAAAACUUUCUACUUUGAUGAGGAAAAUAUUUCUGUAGUUUGUUAUCAGUUGGAGCCAAAGGGUUUCAAAAAUUCAAAUGAGUUUGGAAAUACUGGUGUGUUGGUAGUGUUGUGCCGUUCAUGAACGAUUUGCUCAAAAGAACAGAGCUGCUGAGUGAACAAUGUGAAUGGAAUCACUCCGAGACCUGAUUCUUUCCUUUCGCAGUUCAGUUGAGCUCAGCUGCGAGCGUGCAUGCUGGUCAGGAUUGGAACUACCACCUCUGACUCUUUGGCGAACGACACACAGCGAGCCAGCCAGUGAGCAGGCGGGCAGAGUCUCGUGAUUUGCUCACAGCGAAUGAACGACAUGUAUCGGUCAGACUGUAAACGAAACGAACAACUUGCGAACGACUUAAGGCAGGCCAAGGAGACAGGGGAGGGCUGAGCACUGGUUCAUUCACUGUGUAUUUUUGUUUAAUGUUUCCACUUUUCCGCAAUAUAAAAGAAGGACAUCUUGCGCUUGUUUAGCAGGCAUGCUGCUGUUGUGUUUCACUCACAUCACAAUGCGAAUGUCAACGGCACACAGAGAGAUGAGUUUUUAGGGCAGGGGAGCGAAUCUUCCUUCACAACUUGAACGACAUGUGCCACCCAAUGAACGACAUUGUGACUUCAGCAGCAGCAGAGGGGAGGGGCUCAAUCAGUGAAUAAACUCCAGAUCAGCGCCGCUGUGUCACUUACUUGUGCACUGCACCCGGCAGGGCAGUGCUUUGAAGCACCGACUGAUUCACUGAACAAAUCUUUUGAACGAAUCAUUUCAAUGAACGUAUUCUAAAGAUUCAGUGCCAUCAAAAGAACUGUUCCUCCCAUCACUACAUGUUGGAUAUCUGAAACAUCCAAUAUCAUGCACCUCUACCACAAAAGAUUUUUUUUAACUUAAAUUUUAUCCUCGUUUUUUUACAAUAACAGCAAAAGCAAAACCUACAGUCAAACAGACAAAUCAUGGUGCCAGAAUAAAGAAGUCCAUGUAGCUUCCAUUAAAGUUGUCCAUUCUUAUCAUGUGGUGUGAACAGAUUUAUAUUUGUCCCGUUUUUCCCACUUUGGGGUUUUUGAUUCUUGCUGGAGUGGUGAAGCACGUCUAAAUUUCUCCAUAUCGUGUAUUUCCUCCACCAUGUCCAGCCAGUUUUUCCGAUUGGGGGGAAUCCUCCUUACACCAUUUCCUUGUAAUAGCCUUCCUCUCUAUUUCAACCGAGUAUCUGUUUUUAACUUGUAUGUUUUCCUGUGUUAAAUUACCCAAGUAUAUUACCACAAAGGUCAUGGGAAGCUCAUAUCCUAAUGUUGCCUUCAUUGCUUUCCCUAAUACUUUAUUUUCACAUGGGUGUGAUCAACAUCCUGCAGAAAUCUUAUAAAAGAUAAUUUAAGUCUGAUUUUCUAUCUACAUACAAAAAGUAAUAAUGAAAACCUUUUUUGAUUUUUAUCAGCAGUUAUUUCUAUUUUUAUUACUUUUUUUUGACGUAUGUUUUUUUCAUCUCGAGCUAAAACUGUCACUCAUCAGACGUCAUGCUGUUGUUUGUCUCGUAUUGAUUUUUUACUCAAGCGAAUGAUGUAAGUGUUUUUUAUUAUCACAAAAUCGCCACAGUUAUCAUGUUGCCUCUGUGUCAUGAGCAGCUAUAUUUCAGCAAAGUGGUUCUUGCCGUCGGCGUCCCAUGUAACCGAUCUCAUGCGUGGAAGUGGAGAAUCAAAGAAAUAAAAGAGAAGGAAGGAAAGAAAAGAGAGGUUGAAAAGAUGAACGAGGGACACGUCAGUGUGUAUUGUGUGCGGUGUGUCUGGCUCUGAGGCUAGACGCCAGGUCAGUCUGCAAACACACACACACACAGAAUCACACACAGGCUUUGACUCAUACAGUGUUUUGAUGUCUGAAGCAAAGGUAACCCUACACCUGCAGAGGAGGGUCUGUGGGUGUCCAUGAAAGGCCCGGCCAAGCCUCGCAAGGUAGACAGGAGGGCAGAGGAUCUGUGUGUUGUCUGUGAUGUGUGUGUUUUGGAAAGUAGGUGUGGAGUUUUGAAGCCAGAGCUGGUAGGAGAUCAAGGUAAACAUCAUUGCAGAGGUGCUGAGUUGUGGCGUAACAGGUCGGGCGCACGGAGCAGAGAGACAAAGUUAAAUUUAAUUUUUCACCCAUGAAGCCUCUUGCUGUCUCAUAAUGUAUUUACUAUUUCUAGACACCUCUUUUUCCCAUGUCAUGAUGCAUCACCAUGACUCAGCCUGUCACUCUAACGAUCUGAAAUAGUCUCUCACUUAGACUGAAGGUUUUGUGCAGGAAAUACACCUAAAUACACAAGAUGGUAGAUGAUGUCCAGUGAAGGAAAAAUUAAGGCCUUCACCUUCAAUAAUCAAUAUGUUGACACUAUCCUGUACGAAACUGCAUACCUAAAACGCAACUUUGAAGAAUACAGAGAUACAGUGUUUGAUUUUUCUUUUUUGUUCCAGGUCCUGGACCACUAUGGGAGAGAAGGUUUCAACUUCCUGUCCAAGGUUUUUAACUCCUCCCACUCUUUCCUGGAAGACCUGACCGGGCUGACACUGUUGCACCAGGAGACCCAGGCUGCAGAGGUAAAUCACACUCACACAUAUACAGUAAACCUGCUCAUACAUAAUCUGGUAUGAGAUGCAGUGUCAGCAAGUUUCUGUUUACAUCACAUUGUCACACUCAGUACAUGCACAACACUUGUAUCUUUAGUUUCAGUGUGUGUUGGCUUUGAUAUUGAUGUUAAUUGAUAUCUAUCAUGUAAUUUUGUGUAUUUAACGUCUGACUGAUAGGCAUUUUUUGAAAAAGUCACAGUUUUCCAACAUGUGACACAUCACCUUUUACAAAUAUCUGCAAAUAACUGCAGAAUGUGUAGGCAGGUGACUUUUUAAGUAUUGGUGUUUAUCCUUUUUGUGUUUGUGUCACCACACAAUAAUGUUCACCAGUGUUUUGUUUGCAUUAGAUAUCUAAGGGGAAAAAUCCAUCUGAAGACUAGAAAGAAGAAAAUAUUAGCAUUACUGCAAUACCUGAAAGCAUCUAUGAUUGUCCAACAUUCAUCCAGCUCUUUACUGAUAUUUUUUAACAGAUGUCUGUGUGCAAGUCCUUCUGACACACCAGCUACAGAGCUUGUUUUUUAAUAACAAUAGCAUUGCAUGGAAAAGAAGGUGUUGGCUGGAUGACCUCUGUUGCUCAAUUACUUAACUACUGCUCAAAACCUCUGAAAGGUUGGUCAUGGCUCUAAGAGUUAAACCAUCUCUGGGUGGUAUUUAAUGGGAUAGAUAACAAAGCAGGGCUGUAAUCAACCAAAGAAGUUCUUGGUCGACUAAAACCCUGAAAUUGGGGGGACUCUGACGGCCAACCAUUUUGCAGCAGGGGACAACGUGGCUCAGCGGGGUGAAAAUACACUGAUGUCAGCACAAGAGGGCAAUUAAACACAAAAGGCAAGUUGAAACGCUCAAGAUGAAAAUAAAGCAUGAAAUUGACGCAGAAAAAAAUUGAGUUGACCAAUCAGAGUUUUUGUCUACUCAGCACGUAUCAACCAAUAGGUCAACCAGUUGACUCGGACUUUACAGCCCUAUAACAAAGCAUAUAAAUAACUGUUUUAAAUGAAGGUAGAGGGGUUGCUCCUAUUACUGCACUGCCUUCAUGUUGAAGUUUUUGUUGAAAAUGAUGUUAUCGGUGUUUUCUGAGCCUCAAAUUGAUCAGAAUUAGCAGAUUUGAUCCUGUUUGUGUAACAAUGGAGCAAGUUUUUCCUCCUGUAAGGAUUCUUAAGGUGUCAGCAAGUCUUCAUCGACAACAUCUAGAGUUGUAAUCCUGCUUUUUGCAAAGUAGGGUGCAGCUGUUGGGAAAAACCAAGUGGUCAAAUAAAGUGCCAAGUCUUUAAGAAUGAUGUAUGAAGAUCCCUCUCCAAAUUCAGUUACUUCUCGGUUCACAGUGAGGUGUUUGCCAAGGAAAAGUAAAAGUACCUGUUGUACAGACCUUAGGAUAGUGCUCAAAAGUAUACGUGCACACCCUCAGGAAGAAAGCUAAAGGCGAAGACACACUAAAGAAGCUUAAUAUCACUUCCCUUUACGGUUCUGUCUUUAAAUUAUGAUUGAUGUUAAAGUCAGAGGGAUUCAAUAUCCAACCUUGCCUGGGAAUGCCUCAAGAGGAGAUGGACGUCUCUGCUCAAAAUAAGGACUUCUGGGUGUUCUUUUCCUGCAGGAUCUAAAUAAGGGAUGGAAAAUUGACGGCUCGAUAGAGCUUACCAUGGUCUGUCAGGAGCUGAGUAAGCUUUAUGACCAUGAGAAACCUGUACAAGUCUCUUGAUUAUUCAGUUUUACAACUGCUUAGUCCAAACCUGGAGGGUAAAAGUGAAAGCUAAUGCCUUUCCUUAAGAAUCCUAUUUGCAGGAUUUCCCACAUUGAAUGCUUCACAGCAGAUACACUGUUUUGAAUUCAAACAAAGGCCGAGAUAUUUCUCAAUUUUCUUUUUGUUGCUAUAGCAGCACAAAGUUGAUUUCAGUGGAACAACAAAGCGGCACAAAGUCCCAACAAACAGCCAGAAAACUCGGUGGUGGAACAUGGGUGGUUUUCCUCAAGACUCCCCUCUGACAUGAGUGAGAGGGGAGUGGAAGGGAGAGACAGAAAAUGAGUGGGUGUGGGGUUGGGUCUGGGCCUGUCGAGCUGUGGGAAAAUCCCACGUACUUUCUCCCCAACUCCUACUCAUAACACGCAGAUUGAGGAGGGAAGAAGAAAAAGCCAAGAAGUUGGAGGGAAAGAAGGGGGAAAAAAAAGAGUGCAGAUAAGAGAAACAAAGGAGGAAGAAAAGACUCAGAGGAGAAAGAAUGGAUUAAAAUAUACAAUGAGGGAUUAUGGGAAAUGAAGUUGUAACAGGGACAGAAAAUGGUAUCUCAUGAGGAAGAAAGAGACCUGCAUUAUUUGCCUUUCCCAUCCUCAUCCUCUUUUCUUUCAUCCUUUAUCCUUCCCUUCUCCUGCUAUCAAACCUUAAUCUCAUCCCCUAUCCUUUCCUCUAUCACAUGGCGUUCUUCCUCACUUCCCUCUCCACCCCCCUCCGUCUGCUGGAGUGCUCUGAAAACUCUGGCGUAGGUCCUUUUCUCUUCAAACAGAAGAUGGAGAGAUUGUUUUGAUUGCUCAGCCCACUAGCGCCAGAAGUCUUAGCGCCUGUUUCCUGUACACAGAUUAGCUAUUCUGAAAACUACUGCACUUGGAGGACGUCCCUUCCAUUUUUUUUUCCUUCUCCAAUUCCAGGAAGGGACAGACGCUCUCCUCUCACUUGUGAAAGCCUAUUAUUACUUAUUUUAUGCGGGUAACCAAUAGAAACAGACCUGUGGCUCAUUUUAGGACUUGACCUGUAUUUUAAGAAGUAUAGGCCAUGAGUAAUGAUCAUUCUCAGUGUAAAAGUACGGGGUUUAAAGGGUUCUUGUCCCCAUAUGACAAGUUUUGUUGUUUGUAUGUGAGUUUUACACAGAUACCAGUCAUCUUUUGUCGGUUAUUGUGACAUUUAUUUGCUGAUUUAAUGACACUUUAUGAUCGGAGGUUUUGAGUUAACCUAAACCACCUAUAGAAAGCCCUCCAUCAUCACUAAAAAAAGUCUUUCUCCUUAUAUUUAGAAGCUAGAAACACUGUAAUUUUGGGAUUUUGAAACCAUGUGGUGGCAAAAUGACUAACUAGGAACACAAUGAAUUUUGUCUUAUAUUACAAAAUGUUUGGGCAAGGAUUCCAGGGGACUUCGAUGAGUGUAUUUGCAUGUUGUUUUAACAGCGGUCUCUUGUUUCCCUGAAGCGUGGUACUGAUUCAGUCCAGACUGUGUGUAUUUGUGUGUAUUUGCACGUGCCUGUGCAUGUAACCAUCCUAAACUAUAAUCUACGUCACCGAAUAGCAGCAGUAUGUACUUAAGGCCCUAUUUUGGGCAACUUUGUAACCUGAGAACUACUUUUUAUGCGGUCACCUCAGGGUUUUGGGGGAGUUCAAGUAAAAGUUUAGACUGAAUGAAAGCUGGGUGUGUGUGUGUACAUGCUUUUUGUGCGCUUACUUGCGUAUGAGAGUGUGUGUGAGUGUGCACGUAUUGGUAUGAAUGGCGCCUUUGUGAGGGCGGCCCUGUUGGGAUUUCAUACUCUAGUAGCAGAAUAACAGGGUGGAAAAUGUUCUAUGAGUUUGUCGCUGGUAAAUUAGCUGCAUGUGUUUGAAGGUCUGUUGAAGAUUUAUGUUCUUUCUGACCAGCUCUAUCUUUAGCAUCAUGAGGCCGCUCUCGCUUGUAGUAAGGGCAAUAAAACCGGACGAUAUUAUUGAGCGUUUUAAGACAUGAUUAGUGCUUCUUCUAAAUCGUUUGCCACUGUCAUUCCCCCAAAUUUAAGUCACCGCUGCACUUCAAAUCUACUCUGAACUCAACUCCUGUUGAAACUUUUAACCUGAGACCCACAGAAAAUGACAGAGCCAAUCAUUUCAACAAUGGUCCCAAAACAACAUAUGUCCAUGAUAAACAAAAACGGUUAAAAGAACUCGAGCUCUCAGUGGUUCGGUGGUUUUGGGGCGCAGAAAUAUGUUUUAUCCCUGGAGAUAGAGGGGUACCAGAACGCUCUUAUUCAGGCCUUUUUCAAGCUUUUAUUUUGGGCUUUUAAUCUUUAUUUAGGACUCUGGAUAGUUUUAGACACAUGGAAGAGAGAUUCCUAUUGUACAUGUGGCACACCGUGCACAAUAUAAGUGCUAAGACAAACCAGCGCUCAUUUUUGGACCAUGUUAGAGUGCAGUCACAUGCAUGUCUGGUCAUAAAGCUUUGUUGAACUCUUUGACUCUUAGCAGCAUGCCUAAUUCAUGCAGAUAUUUGAGCAAAUGAGUCAAAGCAGGCAAGACUUUCACUUUUCACUCAAGCUAAUGUCCCGUUCUGUUUGUACAAACUUAUUUUUAGAUGUAUAAUUGAAGCUCAUCCCAUUUCGCUCCCUGCUGUUUUAAGAUUUUAGCAAGCUGUAAUCAAGUAGAACAAUGGUUCGCUGUACCAUUUAUGUCAUUCGCAGCUAAAUAUGUGCCGGGCCGUUUGUAUGAUGACAAGAAAACCACAUUUGAGGAUGGUUCAAGAUGCUGCUUGGGAAACUGUGGCAGUGGCACUUCAUAUUUUUAAUGUUUUGGGCGUGUUUACAUCGUUCUACCACUGAAACAAUGAAACAGGAUGUUCUAGAGCUGGGGGAUUAAUUUUGAUGAGGAUUAUGACACCCUAGGACCAUAAAUGGACCUAAAUGAUUAUUAUGCCGCCUGCUGUGUUGUGUGACAUUAUAGAGGAGGUUAAAUAAAAGCUUGGAAAGACUGAAUGAUUAUUACAUCUUAAGUUUGAUGACGUACUGUAAAAAUACAAGUGAAAUUUAGCGUUGAGUUUAGUGAGUUUUAUCACCAAAUCAAGCUGAAGCUUUUGAAGUGAGAUUGUGAUGCACGGUCCUUUUAAGUAGGGCUGGGUGAUACGGCCUAAAAUCAAUAUCACGAUAUAUUGAGCAGUUCACCUCGAUAAGGAUAAAUGGAUGAUAACUACUCCACAAGCUGCUAACCGCUUCCCACAUUAACUUCGUCUACUUCAGCCGCCGCUCCAGCCGCUCCAACUUUUGAACCGUCCUCCAUCUCCUCACCUGUCUUUCCCUCUUUGUUAUGGACUGGAAGGGGUGGAGUCACAUCUCCGAUGUAGGACAGCGUCUUAAAGGGACAUAAGCCUACCUACACACAUCCAAAACCAACUUAUUUUUUUGACACUGAAUAUACCGAUAUGGGCAAAAUCUCGUCGUUAUUGUCACAAUUUUCGAGAUCUGUAAAUUUUCGGUUUAUUGCCCAGCCCUACUUUUAAGUCAACCAAUCAAUCAAUUAAAUUUGAUCUAUAUAGCGCCAGUUCACAAGUCGUCAUCUCAAGACGCUUUUCAAAGAACAAGAGCAGGUCUAGACCACGCUCAUUGUUUGAUGAUCAAGAACCAACCUAAGAUGGGUUUUGGCCCAUCUUAACUAACAUGAGUAGCAGUGGCGAGGAAAAAACUUCCUUUUAACAGACAGAAACCUUGGGCAGGACCCGACUCAUGCCAGACAGCCACCAUGCCGCUGCUGGGUCGGGGAGGAAUGUAGAGAGAUUUAAGUACCUACAAAGUUUUAAAAAGUUUAGAUCAUCCAGUUUGACAGAAAGACCUGCUUUAGUAAACAAAAAGAUGGCUAAACAGUUUAUUCCAUAUGUUAUUUGUUUCAAGAUAAGUUUUAAGUUGCUCAGAUGUCUGUGAUUAGGAUAUCAAAUCAAAGUUUAUCUGAGGGCUCCCUUGAAUCGAACUCUCAAGCCUCACGCUCAUUUUGCCAAGAAUCUAAACAAACCUUGAACCAGGUCAAUGUGUCAAAGUGCUCUCGGAGUUACUGUAUUCGCUCAUUCGGCCUUCCUGAGUGUGAUCUCACCGCACAGGGCUGGGUCAGACGAAUCAACACGCACAAACUCUCCGAGAUCCUGAAAGGAAAUGAGUGUCUGUAGCUACAGGAUGGUGCACCUCUCCCCUGAUAUCUAUCCACCAAUCGCAGCAUGAGCUGUUCAUUAAAAAGCUGCACGGUUUCAUCAUACAGGAGUAUAUAGGGCAGUGGCUAAUCCUUGUUACGUAACAUUUAGUAAGACAGGACAAAGAAUACAGAUCUUUUGAAGAUAAAACCUGAGUAUUAUAUAAGCACAAGUAAAAGGGUGUUGCUAUGUGUGCGUCUUUGGCCUUUUUACCCUUAGGUGUUCAUAAACCACUUAUUUUAGAAUAUCAGCAUCAGCCACAAGGAGUAGGAUACUUUCAUUUAUAAGUUUUAACUCCAUAUGAGAAGGUCAGAUAUGAAUUUUUUCAAAGCUUGAAGUAGGGAUGGGGGAAUUUCCAGCUCAGGGGAAAACUUUGCUAUUGUGUAGCUUGGGUUGGACAGCACAGUGAAACAUUGUGGACAAAUGGAGCAAAACAAGCUACAUUUUAAAAUGCGGUAUCCCUACUGUAGUUUCCCAAUAUUAGGAGUAGGAGGCCCAUAAUCAUUAGUCACUGUCUGCUGUCACUCCCAGUUAAGUGUCUCCAGUUGCUCGCGUGUUUGUGUGUUCCCGCUCACAUUAGUCUGUCGAAGCUGGAGUGCGGCACACAGAGGAUGUGUGACCCUCUCUCAGCACAAAGGGUCUUUUUUUUGCAGAGCUCAUGUUCCACUCCCAUCCACCUACUCCAACCAGCGCUUUCAGUAAGUCACAAGAUAACGGCGUUUGCAGUGAUCUCCGAGAAGAAUGUGUUACUUGUGUCACUCCGGUCUUUUGUUUUGGGGCGGUCUUGUGACAUGAUUACUUAUUCGUGUAGGAAUAAAGUGACAGCUCUUCUGUCAAAGAGAUGGAAACAAAAAUGCAGUGUGACUUUUAAACUCCUCAAAUAAAAUCUUAGUGAAGUUUUAACAAGGCUUGACACUAACUUUUUUCACAAGGAGCACAGAUGUGGUCGUAAGUUGUCAAUGUAAGGAGCACACAAAGAACUUUAGAGGCACAAUGAAAAUUAAUCAAAUAAUGUUUUUCUUAUUGGUCGACGGAAAAGGACUUUAGGACUUUUGGCCACAUGACAUGGAAGCUAUUGAAGGAAAGGUUCAAAACUUGGCCUUAGAUUUAAUCCAAAAAUUUUUGGAGGACAAAUUUGAGAAAAAAAGAGGUUUGUAUUAUUGUCCGACCUUAAUACUACUAUUUGAAAUCAAUUUUAGGUCAAUUGGUCACAUGACAUGGAAGCUAUUGAAGGAAAACAGCUUUUUUGAGAACAUCAAAUGGUAGUUUAUUAAUAGUUACUUAUUCAACACCUGACAUACACCUGUUGCCAUUCCCGGUUAUGGAGAGUUAGAAGACACCAGUAGAUCCGCAGUAAAUGUCUGUCGAAUAUCCAACCUGAAACUAACUUCAUGCGGUAUCGACAGGUUUCUGUGCAAUGUCAUCGUGGGUAUGCGCGCAGCCAGGGGGCAGAAAGUGGGACAUUUCUUGUUUGUUUACUAACGGAGUCAACAGAGAAAGAAAAUGACAAGGAGCUGUUGUGCUGUAAACUGCAAAACAAACAAUUGGCAAACAUUACGACCCUGCUCCUGAUAUUAGAAAUAUCUAAAACAACAUCACAGCCUGGUAAAUUGAGUUAAAUUCAUGGAUAUUUCAGCAAGUGUUUUUCUGAUUUUGAUGCAAUGAAAGAUAAAGCGAUUUUUCAUUGAAAUGACCUUUUAUAUGCAAUUGUGUCAGGGAGAACUUGCAAACAAUACGGCAUCUUCAUUGAUAUCAGUCCACUCCGAAGCAGGCUUUUGCCCCAUGGUUGCACGCACCUAGUAUUGUUUGUAGACAAGAAACCCGUCUAUUUAUAUGAAAAAACAUUUGAUGCCUCGGCUGAUUGUUUUAUGGGCACAUGUGCCCCUAAAUAUCUACCUAUCACAUCUAUUUUUAGUUGCAAAUGGGAGUAAAAUGGUUGCACUGUCAAGCCCUAUGCAAGUUUUUAUGAAAGGAAAACCUCAUAUGAUUUGACAUAUAACUGAGCAACAGCUCUACACUUGAUACAGUCAUCUCUCUUAGGAUUAGAUAAGAACCCAGAGAGGGUUCAUUUUAUGGACUUCAUGAUCCAAUAACACUCUUGAGGGUGUAACCUGUGUUUGAACAACAAUAUAAUCUCACUGUCGUAUUUUCUAAUGAAAUCAUUAUAAAAUCACAUCAUUCCAACGUAAUAAAUCAGGACCAUCCUGUAAGUUUCAACAUCGAGAAGUCCUUUGGGUAUAAGACCCCCCAUUUGGAAGAAAUUUGUUUUCAGCUGAUAUCCAGGGUAACACAUGCUGACUUCAGGGUCUUGCUCAACAGAGGACUCAAACGACAUAAUAACAGUCCAAAGUUUUAUACAAGAUCAAGAGUUUUGUGCUUUCUGUGCGAGUUUUAUCGAAUUGAUAUUGGAGGUUCGAACUUUAACUCCCAAGUGACAUUUUUUGGACAAGUUUCAAGGUCUCUCAUCUUGAUACGGUGCUUUGGCUGAUUUCAGUACACUGACGCAAAGUGAAGUCAAAUAUAGACUUGAAUGAUUCUUUGGCUUUUUGGAAACACUCUGUGCGCCAUCAGAUGCUACAAAUCAUCACCUUGAGUCAUACGAAUGCCCCGAAGGAGCAGAAGCUUCCCAACCACCCACGCUCGACCCUGCUCUGGUCUGAGCUGCUCUACGUAAAACAGUGCGCUGACGAUAAAGUUGAUUUAGUUAUGUUGGCUCAUCACCCGGCAGCUUGGAAAACAUACAAGCUCGAGCCUGCACCCACACACACACACACACACACACACACACACUCCUCUCACUAGUCACAUGCUCUUUUCCCUCUUCGCUCUGCUCUCUUUCACCCCCACAUACACACACACACACACACACACACUCUUACACACAGCACUUGAGCGUCAAAGGGCCCCCAUGUAUGUCAGAGCUUUAUCCAAACACAGCUACGGUUGCUACAUGCUACAAUUAUUACCAGAUGGACUCAGAGCAAACAUAUUAAGUCUGCUUUUUCAUUAGCACACUGCAAACCCCUCCUGUGAGACCCAGAGAUGGAUGGAGAGAGAAGGAAAGAGAGACAUUUGAAAGUGCAACUGUUUCAAAAUUUCCAACUGAGCAGAAUCACUCUUCAUUUUUUAUUUUAUUUUAAGGUCCCAUGAAAUCACAGUUUAGUAUCUGUUAAAAAUUUGAUCCUGACCUCCUUUUCCUUCAAAUCUAACACUUAGAGGAGCCAUAACAAGUUUCAGUUAAGGUACAACAUAACACAAUCUAGCCAAAAUGAUGCCAAAAGCAACAACAAAGAAACAACUUUUAGUUAGACGACCAAAGAAGUCAGUGUAUUUAUCUUUUUAGCAGAACACCCAGAACUCACUGGUUUAAACCAUAUUAGGAUUUAUAUACAUAAAAAUAUAUUUGUUUCAUGUCAUUUAAAACUUAUUCGUCAUAUCCUUUGACAAAACAUAAGGAAUCCUUCUCGCUAUUUCAGGGUCAGACAAUAAAGUAAAGUGUCUCAUGUAUAAAUACUUUUAAAUAUGCUUGUUUUCUCCUUUUGUCCUUAAACUGAGCUCAUGAAACUUUGAACUUUCUGUACAUUUUGGACAAUCAAUUAUUGGCUUAUCAUGAAAGUAUCAUUUGUAAAAAUCACAACAGAUUUUUUUUAUUUGUACAAAUACAGGGGCGAAAAAAAAUCCCAUGUAUUUAUUUUGUUUAUUUAAAGCUCCUGUAAGGUCAUUUGUGUUUGUGUUUGUUUUGGUGCCCCCUGUGGACAAAGCAGCCUCUCCACUCUUGUUCUCUACAUUCCUAUGUAGUGAUUUUUGAAAUCUUAUCCUGUUGACUUUUGACGGUUACAUGUAUAUAAUUCAUUGUGAAUCAUUUAUGUAAGAAUUUGUGAAAACAGGGGUGUGUCUGUAGCUAGCUAGCUAACACCAACCCCCUCACACCAGUUUGUUUAUUCCAGCCCAUUUCUUAAUGUCAAACUUCUAUCAGGGACUUUAACAUGGACAUACAGUAACAUUGAUCCCAUACAUGCGUUGAACUUAGUUAGAGUGACCAUAUUCUGAAUCCCCAAAAAGAGGACAUGACUACGCAGGCGCAGCGUCACAGAGUCGCGCAUAGUAAAUUUGAGAGUUUUUUGGGUCGGGAUGUGGUCUAGUGUUUUUGUACACGCUUCUUACUCAAUAAGUCCACCCAAUACAAACUCCAAAUUUCCAUACAAAACCCAGACAUUUGAAGGAUUCUAUAAACUCCCCCAGACAAAGCCGGACAAGGUCAGACAGCUUAAUCCUAAUGUUUAAGGUGUUAACUGCUUCUUUUCUCUUCCAGCCAGGAUUUAAAACUUUUUUUAAACAUUAAAGUUGUGUUGCUGAUUUUAAUUUGAUUGGCCACAUAAGGGGUGAGAAAAACAACUGAGAUUUAAGCAAAAAAUGUGUGAUAUUACAAGACUCAAAUUAAUGAUAAGAAAAAAAGCCACGAGAAAUAAAAAAAAAAAGUCUAAUUUAACAAGUUUAAAGUCAACAAGAAUAAAGAUGCACAUUGAUGAGAGUAUUGCCGUGAUUUUAGGUUUUGUCUCACUUUUAUUACAAGUGCCAAAUCACAUUUACUCCACGACAUCAGCAAAGAAUAAGACAACAUAUUUUGCUAUCCCAGGCUUUAUAUUUGUCUUCUGGCAUGCACAUACAUGUCCCAGUAUCUUUAUUUACCUCUGACACCAAACACACGUGUGUAUUUACGUCCCGGAUGUAUGUUAGCUAUCCAUUCCUGACAUCCAAUUCACUGCUAAUUAUAAAUGUGUGCUCUACUUGCAGGGAUGUAUGUCAGCUAUGCAGAGUCACAUCACACUACCUUUACAUCCUCUCUGUACACGCUUUGGCUCCCUCCCCCUCUGGAGUUUCUCUCUCCCACACACACACACACACACAUUCAUCACUAUACAUAGUCUAAAUCUUCCUAGUUCUUUACAGGCUAAAUUCAGAAGCUUUGUGUCAGUCAGUGGCUUGACUUAUAACCUCGCUGCUGCAGAGUGUUUAAAGGUUUUCUGUGUGUAAUUUAGCAGUGUAGAUUCCUUAGUGGAUGCAGUUGAAAGACACAUACUGAGCAUUGUUUACAAAAAAGUUUUACAAAUUCAGCUUAUGGGACAAAAACUUAAGAAUGUACUCUGAAGUUUUCUCUAUCCUUCAAAGCUGCACUGUGAAUCGUAUACUUGGUGUUGACUGUGGCGCCUUGCAAGAAAAGAUAACUUUUUGACUGUCCUCUGUCACAAAAACUCUCGCAAAAACAAACACAAAACUCCAACAGGGAAAAACAGGACAUAAUCAACCGAGCAAAGAUGACAAAAAUAAAAAGGCUCAUAACCUCAGGACCAGUGGAUCCUCCUGGACUGAACAUAAAACCCCAUUCACAGCCCAGGUCUUCACAAAUACCUCUAUUUGGUCAAAAUCUAAUGGAUCUGACACUUAUCCCCUCACAGCAGUUUAAAGGAUUAAUCAAUACAAAGCGGUCAGUCCUGCUGCUAAUGACAUGGUAUCACUUUUCAGAGCCAGUUAAAACUCCUCAUGUGGACUUAAAAAUUAAUAAAUUUUUUCAGGAAGACACUUAAUUCUACCAAGGAAAGGUAUUUCUACUGAUUAUAAUUCCUGUUAAAUGUUCUAAUUUGCUCUAAUACAAAGUUUCAUAGACAUGUCUCCAGAAAAGCCUUUUUUAGCUUUUAUCAGUUUUGCUGCAGGAGGUAAAAGUCAGAGAAAAUAAUGAGUUCCCCAAAACAUGGUCUGUAUCGGAGCAGGUUUAGACUCAUUUAGAGUCUUAGAUCAGGUGGGCCAACUAUGUCGUCUCCCCCACUUUACUGUUUCUAUAGUUAAGGUAACAUGAGUCUCAGAGCCAGCAUAGCUGCUUAGUGUUUCCUUUAUUACCGGGAGCUAACUCCAGCAGAUAUACCACACCAAUAUUAAUACAGUUGAAACACAGAGAAGCCUAUAUUUGAAUAACCAGUCGCUGAUGAACCCAUUUCUUUAGUCUCACUUUGCAACCAUGUGAAGAAAAAUUUUGUUUUGUACAUUUGUUAAAAACAUGCAGUAUAGGCUCAUUCAAAUGUUGUAUUUUUGAAGGUUCUUCCAAACUGUUUCAUGUUUAAUGAGGAUUUCAGAGAUUAAACAGCGAGCAAUCACAGUGUGAGGAACAAGCAGUGAUAAGAUCAGAAUCUUUCAGACCACAUUACUCCACUUCACACAGAUGCUUCUAUGGUGGUCUGUCAACUCUUAAAGCUCUUACACACAGGGCUGUAGCCGGUGGCAAAGUUUACUGUGGGUGGGGGCCAAAGGGGGUUGCAUGGAACCCAGUACAGCUGUCUCAUGCCUCAAGCCAGAAGAGGCCCAUUCAGAUUUACCAAUCAUCAAUCACAGUGGGGUUAUUUUCAUAAGUCAUAAAUAGAGGCAUCAUAAAGAGAGCGUUUCCCUCACUACAUGGGAAAAGUUACAGCAGCACUGUUCCUAUACAUGGCCUCUCCUCUGCGGCGCCACUCAGUCCAGAGAGGAGCCUUCUUCUGGCCUGGCAGCUGGCUGUGAGCAGGAACAGACAGACAGACAGACGGUUGACUGAGUAGUAGUCUAGUCGUCUCUGUUUGGCUCCUACUCCUCUUCCUCUUCUGUAACUUUUCACAACUAUUCCUGUAUCUGUGUCAGCGUUACAUUUUUAGAGUGGGCUUUCACUUCCGAAACCCUCCAACCCCGACUCACACAUCAAGGGGAUCAGUUAGCCUCAGAGGCCGACUGAACUAUGCAGCUGUACACAGUGUGAAAUGUAUUCUUGUACAUAUCGAUUAUGUUGAUAUUACAAAAAAAAUCAUAUUGUGUUUUUUUUUUAUCUUAUCAUAGAUGCAUCGUAUGGUAUCCUGUUACAUCAUGUCUUAUGGUAACAUAUUCUAUUAUGUCAUGUGGCGUUGUGCUGUACUGUAUCAUAUUUUAACGGACCACAUCCUGUUAUAUAAUAAUAUAUUGAAUCAUAAGUUAGUCUCAGAUUUCUGCCUCUAGUCUAUUCAGCAAACUUGAGCGCCACACCACAACAGUUUGAACAGGAAAGGGUUAACUCCUCUUUGACAGGCUCGGUAGCUGUGUUUACAUGGGCACAAAUAAUCGGAAUAAAUGCCCGAUCGAAAUAAAAAUGCAUCAUGGAAACAUGUCGAUUGGAGGAUUCUGAUCCAGUUCGGCUCAAUUGAAAAGAAAUUGUAUUCCGAUCAAGAGGGGUGGUUUAUGCUAUUCAUUAUUCCAAAACGCAUCCAUGUAAACACUUAUUCCGAUCGUGACUCUCUUACCUGACUCGAUCUUCACUCUCAAUUUAUUGAGACCAGUGCAGGAGGUUCCAUUAUUAACACAACCACAGGUGCCGUGUCUGCUCCUAACAUAACAAGGUGUACAUACUGUAUAACGUAAUGAUGUCACAUCUGCACGCACAGUGCGACCUUUGACAGAACAGUAAAAUAAGUACGCAAGGGCGCCAUCUAGUGACAAUAUAUAACAGGGGGAAAACUCCUUAAUUGGAUGGAGUGAGCCACUACCACAUUUGUUGGUUCAUUAACAGCUCAGGCGUAAAUACAACUUUUCUUCUUCUGCGGUUGUUUUAGCGAAAUCAGACAACUCUGCACGUGUCCAAAUGCUUCUAAUCUGAGGUGCAUGUAUACGCACAUGGAUUCUGAUUAUCCAAUCCCUCAAAUUUUUUUAUCAGGUCAAGAAAUUUUGCCCAUGUAAACAUGGUUACUGAUAAGUAAAAAAUUUUUGUUUGUUUGUGCUGAAUAUUUACAGUUCAAGAAAAAUUUCAGAUUUUGUUAAAAAUUUUUAUAAGUGCUUCUCUUCAUGAGUUAAUGAAAUGAUUUUGACUAAGCUGCUUUUAUUCACCAGCAUUUUGAUUAACUUAGUGAUUUCAGAAAUUAAACUUUUAUAAAUUAUGAUUAUUCAUGCUCUUUUUCUUAUAUGGAGGUUAUUUUUUUUUUAAACAUAGACUUGGGCUGAAUGAUUUUGUGCAGCUGCUGUGCUUGCAUGCAUUUGAACUUUACCUUAUCAUGUUUUCAUGAAUCUGGUCCAAAAGCAGGACUGUUUAUUUCUCAGUUCCUGAUUCAUCUUAUCUGAGAUACUGAAAAACACUCCAGCUGCAUCAAAGACAUAGAUAAGAGCUGAACCAUUUUGUGUUUGUGUGUGUGUGUUGGGGGAAGGGGGGGUAAUGCAUCUGUGCCUGCAUGUGCAUGUCUGAAUCUUGCACAGCCUGAUCCUGGCCUGCCUGGCUGGUCACAGGUAAUCUGCCCCGGAGCUCUGGCCUGAAAAAAAAAGAGCCCACACAAACACACAUGCACACUGUGUUUGACUGUAGGUCCACACUGCACUUCUUAUCUUUUCCUCCUGAUGCUGUUCUAUUUAGCACAUGGAGUGCAGCGAUAACAUCAAGCCUCUGGCUCAGAUUACUGCACAGAAACACACACAUACACGCACUAACAGAAAUAAUAUAUGUAUAGAUGUACAGUACAUACUUUAUUUUUAUGCACUUGUGUUUACAUGCUGCUCAUUUGCGUUUUGUUUGUCACGUCCCUUGAUGACUGACUGGCAGUGCCGUCCAAACAGUUAAACGACAAGUUCUUGUUACCAGUUUUCAAACACAGCUGUUUAGUCAUUAGCAGCUGCCACAAAAUAUACAAUCUGAGGACAAUUUUGACUUCAGUGUUUAACAUGCAGAGCUUUUAAUGUCCUGUUAGACUCCGGAAAGAAGCAGUCAAGACAGGAAAAAAAGCAACACUCAGAUUCUUGAACAAAGCUGGUAAAUAUUUGUAGUUUUGCUACAACUAGACUUGGCCCAACUGGAAAUGGUUCAAGAAGGUUUCGCUUCUUUGUGGGUCGGGAUCUUCAGCUUUAAUUAAGAAGAGUAUCUAGAGAGGCAACACAUCUUCAAGACCUUUAACCAAGUCUAGCUGCCCCAUUUGGAUUAAGACUCGUUUGACUUUGAUCAAUGAGAACCUUAGUUCUUAACAAGAACUAAUGUAGGAACACAGUAACUUUCUGUAUCUUUAUGAAACUCUUAUACAUUAGAGUCUUAUCAUAUUGUAUCCCAACAUAUUUUACCACUCUUCACAACAUCAGCGAUCUUGAAUUCCACCUCAAAACAAACUUUUGGAUAGUGUGUACGGAUAUAUUACAAAAGUGUCAACAGCUUUACAUUCCUCACUGAAACGCUCAUGAUGUUUCUGCUACUCAUGAGCAUUCAUGUGAAGUCUGAUGCUCAGUGGCUCCAAGUACAGCUGUGUAGUUUUCUCCCAAGAGUUUUUGAUCACUCGUCUUCCAGAAAUAGUUUCAAAUCUCUUGUCUGUGUCUAAUUUACAGUGAAGAGGUCUUUCCAAUAAAGAGUAUCUGAGGUUAUUUGCAUGGGAUAAAGAUGACGCAUCAACCGUGGUCAACAGAAACAUCAGGGCUGUGUCAGGGCUUGGUGCUUCAUGAAGAUUUUUGUAAAUAAAAUGUAAUUUCCUCUCGUCCUCUUGAGCACUGAAACUUUAAAUCAAAGGAAAUUAAGUCAGAGAAAAGUGUUUAAUUUCACAGAUAUAAGUCUUUUGCGGGGUGUUUGUUGCAUAUGCGUGUGAGCGGAGGCAAAAAUGUGUGUGUAUGCGUGUGUGUUUGCAUUUAAGCCUUCAUGCGUGCAUGUGCCCAGGGGCCCUACAAGUGUUUGAUUGCUCUUCUGACCACACGUCAGAUGGCUUUGACUCACAGCUCUAAUUAAACCGAGGGCAGGUCUGAACUGGCAACACACACGUACACACACACGUACACACACACGCAGCCUCUGAAGCGGAUCUGUUAUUGCCAUUUGGUUAGCUGCACGCUCAGAACCAUUCAUUAGGUCGAGUUUAAAGUGGUCCCACUCACUAAUGUCCCCUCAGGGUCAUCAGCAACAGAACUGAACGCAGGAUAUUGUCUUUUACAGCAUUUUCCGUGUAAAGAAAUAAUCCACUGUUUUCAUUAUGAAGUCUAUUAAAGAUUUUAGAUUCUUAAAAAGAUAAAAUCUCUUUUCACAAUUGAUCUUUUUUUCUUCUUCAAGUGUGUGGUUAUGAAAUACUUAGAUGUGACUCAGAAAAUACGUCGAUAGAGCUGUCUCCGGUGUACAGGAAAUGUGUCAGAAGGAAAUGGGGUGGAGGGGAGAGGAAGAGGUACAGCAAGAGAGAGAUGGAGGUCGAAAGAUUAUGUUAGAGGGAAAAAAAAAAAGCAGAUAAAACGAGAGAAAAUUAAAACUUUCAGAAGUGAAGAGGAUUCAGAGCUCAGGGGAAUAUUCAGCAGUCUGAUGUAAAAGAAAGUUUGAUUAAAAGGUUGAGGAAAAAUGAGUGAUUAGAGGUGUCGUGCCUUAGGGGGACAGCAGUACUCAGAAAGCAAAAGCGGCGAAAGUUUCAGGAAAGGUUAAUGACACUAAUGGAGAAGCGUUCUGAAAAAGAGGCCGAGCAGUCAGCCGGUGUCUCAGGAGAAACAACAGGACCCAGCUGUUGCUCCGCGGGGCCGCCACACCCAGCUGAGAGAGACUCCAUUUGUUGUUGUAGCUGGCCUUUACGACUUUGGGAGAAAACAGGGGAAAGGGGAGGCGGCGGAGUUUGACCGACUUAGAGCGGAGAUAAGAAAUAUCAAGAAGAGGAGUGAGCGUGCUGCGUUUCAUGAGGAAAUGGGAAGAGCAGGAAAAAGGCGGAUGCUGCAUCACUUCCUAGUUUGUCGUCGGGUGUUAUGAGCUUAACUUCCAAAGUUUGCUAUCAGGGCCGAGUGUUGUGAGUGCCGGUGUUUUUGUUUGAUUACCCCCAAGACUGAGGAGUUUAUGAAAACACAGCCAGGGGACGUGACCUCAGCUGGGACCUGCACACUAACUCGUUUCCCACCAAAGCUCCCCUGAACCAUCUCUCCUCUUUCAUCCGCUGUAAGGCCACUUUCACCCACAGUAACCUCAGCUUCCACUUUACCUCCUGUGUCCACUGAUCUUCAACCUUUUGAACCCUUUCAGCCUCAUCCCCCUUUCAUCUGCCACUCAACCUGAUCUCCCUUUUUUUAACAUGCCCUCCUAAUUUUAAAUGCUGUAACUUAAAUCAAUCAAUAAAUGACUAUUUGAGUUUCAUAUGCAGCUGUGGCCUCUUAUACCAAAACACCAGAAUCUAACAACUGCUCCUGUGUUGUUUCUAAUAUUGACACCUGUGGCUAUGAGCGGUGAAUGCAGUGUCUGAUUGAACCUCAUAUGAUUUUCCAGUUCAGUUUAAAUAACACUGUUAAUCCCUCUAGGGGCAGUUAGUUUGGAGCAGCUUGUGCUCAAAUGACAUAAAUAGACUCGGCAACAUUUAGACAAUAAAUCAUAGGGGACAGCUCAGUGGAAAAAAGCAUCAGUGAAUACUGAUGUGAGGAAGACUAAUGAACUGAUAAACAGACUUUAAUCCACCCAGCAAAUAGUGGUUGAAAAGAUGUUGAAAAGAUGUUAAAACAAUGUCUCCACCCUACAUCCAAACAUCGUCUAGAUCAGGGGUUGGCAACCUUAAACACUCAAAGAGCCACUUGGACCAGUUUCCCACAGAAAAGAAAACACAGGGAGCCACAAAACCUCUUUGACAUCUAAAAUGAAGAUAACAUUGCAUAUAUCUUUUUUUUUUAACCUUUAUACAAAGUAUAUAAAAAACUGUAGCGAGUUGCAUUUAUGAAAUAAAUGAACUAUUUCGGCGAGUGUCUGUCUUCUUCUGUAGUUAAACCGCAAGAUAUCAAAAUCUACCCGGAUACAGCAAUGCUGCUUUUUGAUUGGCUGUUCAGUAGAUAUACUUUAUUUGAUUGGCUUGUGCGUGGCACGCAGCUUCUGAACUCUCGGAGGAACUCAGUUGAUUUCCCCCAGUUCCAAAGUUGAAGAAGUGCAACUUGGUGGACAUCACUGUGUUCAUUUAAAUGCGUGAGAAAUACAGUGUGUGGUGUGUGAGCGUGUGAACGAGUGGGAAUGCGUGUGUCAUACGCUGAAUGCGUGAGACUUGAGAGCCCUGUGCUCACGCAUCAUCGAUGUACUCCCGAGCUAUGCAAAACGGUCUUUGCAAAUGUUGCACUGAACGUCUUCCUUUUCAGUCUUGGUGAAGUUUUCCCACACCACUGAUUUUUUAGGUCGGGAUUUGGGUUGGGUUGUGUCCAUGUUUUUCUCAGCCGCUGCCUCGGCCAUGGCUGUUUCUUUUCUGUGCGUCCUGCUGAUGUUUACACGCCGGUGUCCAUGGACAUAUAAAGACCCGACGAAUCGAUUACAGAAUUUGUUGGCAACGGAUUUUUUCGUCACGAUGAAUCUACUUAAUCGAUUCGUUGUUGCAGCCUUAAUAGUUUAUUUAAUGUUACAAGAGCAUUAUAAUCUUUGAAUUUAGAAUUACAAAAAAAAAAAUAAUAAUAAUAAAAUAAAAUAAAAUGCAAUUAAGUAUUUAUUAUUUAUUUUCCAAAUCCACUGGGAGCCGGAGCUUAGGGAAGAAAGAGCCGCAUGCGGCUCCAGAGCCGCGGGUUGCCGACCCCUGGUCUAGAUUCCCACUUUUCAAUGUCUUUUUUUGGGCUAAAUUAGGACAGAAUCGGACUGUGUGAAUGAAGCCCAGUUUUUGAUGUCUUAUUUUGGGCUAUAUGAGGACUGAAUCGGACUGUCGAAAUCAAGCCCACUUUUCAACGUCUUAUUCGGACUAAAAUUACUAGGAGUAGUGGUUUAUUUGUCUCAUAGUGAAAUUGAGUUGCGGCAGAUCACACAUUUGGCAUUUCAUCUCGAACAGUACAGAUAAAAAAGUAAAACAGCAUGUAGACAACUAAAAUUGGACCAAAUCGGACCGUGUAAAUGAAGCUCAGUUUUGAACGUCUUUUUCCAGGCUAAAUUACGGCAAUGACGGGCCAAUGUGAUUAAGCCUGUAAAAAGACGUUUGAAUGAUGUCGAGUGUAAAAUGUAAAAUGAUCCAUUUAUUACACAGUAAAAGGAUCAGACUUGGUAAAUGAGGGGAAGAACAGAUUAAAAAAUGAGUAAUUUUACUAGCAGGUAAAAAUAUCUACAUUUUCAUAGAGUAGUGAUAUCAAAGAAAAAUCACAAUUUAAGAGGACUUUUUGACUGGUUAAAAACAGAUGGAAAUGAAGAGUGAUAGCUCUGGCCUACAAAAGCAAACAAGACCAUCAGCGACCAGACUGACACUUUCUUUAUUGUCAUUUUGAAGUUUGACGUUUUCUUAGUCAGAAAUUAGCGCUCAUAUUUAUGUCAGACAAAACCAGCGAGAACAGGAGGUACUUUUUUGUCCACAGGGGGCACCAAAAUCAACACAGACAGAAACUUCCUCACAGGAACUUAACGGCACUAGAAGAGGCUAACAUCUUUUCUUGGCAAAAUAAAUUUAAAUCCAUUUAUACUGGACAGUAUUUGACUCUGUGAACUACUUACUUGCAAUGCUAGCAGAAAUCCCCCCUAAAAUUUAGCAUUGACACAAAACUAGCUGAUGUUCUUUGUGGGUCAUCUUUAAAUCAAAACAGUGACUCAGCAUUUAUGUAACUGUGAAUCAAGGCCUUUUUACAAGCAGAAGCGUAUUUGUGAUACCCUUUAUGACCCUCGUGAAAUCAUAGUUCAUGACUUCAUAUGGUAAUUCACUCAUUGUAUGGGUCAGAGUUGCAUCUAAAAGAACAGGACAUGCUCUGCUGAGAGUGCAGGUUAGGUUAGUAGGUUUCCCUCCUCUUCCUGUGUCCACCCAUCUCCUCUUCCUCUUCCUCUUCCUGUCCAAAAUUUCAGUGAAUAGAACAUGUAUACACACACAUACACACACUACCACACACAGACGUGCACUGACCCACUCACAGUCAUAUCCAGCCUGUGGCCCUUUUUUUUCACUAUGUUCCCCUCUUGAGACCUGCAGACCUGGAACAAUGAGGACACCAGAGAGAACACAAAGGAUUACUGCGGGAAAUGGGAAAAGCACAAAAUGAUCAUUUGAAACACAGUGGGGGAACAAAGCCAUCCAAAUCUGUGUGCUCUCAGUCCGCACACGCUCUGUGACCAGGUAGACAUUUGAUUUGGACAAAGUUUAGAUUUAGCUUACUGAUUUUUUAUUAUCCUGGUCAAAGCUGGCACAGAGUCACAUGGCCUAUUUCCAUGUAAAGAUAUUGAGGCCUUGAGCUGCUUAAUCAAGAAAGCAAAGAUUUUUUAUUCCAAAGUAGUGAGCGAGCUUGUAAUUUAAAUAUAAAUUGAAUUUAUUUACCAGGCAAUGGGAUUGGGAUUGGUAAUGGGAUACCAAUGGGAUUUCUAAAGCUUUUGCUCUUUACGAUCUGAGGUUUUAUGCACUUCCACGUUGGCUUCAUUUUCAACAGUCUAGAUUGCCACUUGGAUGUCUCUCAACCCUAACGUCAUUGUCCUGGCUUUGUUAGCUGCUGGUCUAAUUUCAAUCAAAUCAGUUCAUGGAAAAAGAAGACUUAGCGCCAUGUCAGGUGCAAACAUGUGGGUCACUCCAGAAGUCAUGAAAAGUUGGCUAUCGGUCAACGGUUAUCAGAAGGACCUACGAUAUGAUUGAGGUUGAGUGAUUUUGGGGUGUUGUGUUUUUACAAAGUCUGCUCCUGUCUGGGGAGAUUUAAAAGGAGUUGCUGUGGCUUUAAACUCUUGCUGGAACCUUAAGUGUUUUUGUUCCUGGACAAACAGAUUUAGUGUUGUCAUGGGUUCGCCGUUGUUGCGGAGAUUUCCCUGUAAUCAUACCGCGUGUGUAUUUCCUCAGUGGUCAAAAUUUCCCCUUUUCUGGCUGUCAAGUCUUUAAAAUCUGUGUUUGUUGGUGGAAACUAUUGUUAUAUGUGGGGCGUCUAGACUUUGUAGGUUUCAGCUCUUUUUCCCAUUUUUUUUGGUGACACCCUCCCCAUCAAAAAAAAACGACACACCUACUGUUCCCAAUCUGGAUCACACAGUCCCGACAUUGUUUUAUCCACAGAGGCAUCUGGAACUAUUUUAUCAAACAAGUGAUUUUACUGCCAAGCAAUAUUAACCAAAGCUCUGCUUACUGUGUGGAAUCCUAUAAGGUGCCUGGAGACAUUACUUUAUGAAACAGAGGGCAUUAGAAGCUUUAGAGCUCUUCAGUCGUCGUAUACUUUUACUGCAGGAUCACUUUGGAUAGCCUGAAGCGAUAAUCAGGCGAAGUUGAAGGUCUGAAAAGCACCAUAAAAAGAUUUGACCGCACAUAUAAAGCCUUUCUAGUCUUCAAACCACUCAAAGCGCUUUACACUACAUGACACCCUCCCUCCCUCCCUCCCUCCCCCCCUGCCCCUUCUCACACAUAUUAAUACACUGUUGGUGGAGGCUGCCUUUAAAGGUGCUGACAUGCUCAGGAUUUAUUUUAACACUUAUUCACACAUUUCCCAAGCCUUCAGGAGCAGUUGUGGCUUUAGAGUUUCGCAAAGAGACACCGAUGCAUAUACUAAAAGUCAGUGGAUGACUUAUUCUAUACCUCACAAAAAUAUGACUGUGCUUUUUAUAUGAGUUUGAACCAUAGGCUGUUUAGACUCUCACAAUGACGCUACAGAGGCAAACAUGUGAUUCCCACAAGGUCAAAGGUGACAUAAGAGUCUUUAAACAUUGCCUUGUUGUGUUGUGGGUUGCUUGACUAGAAGGACUAAUAGUAAUGUCUCAAACUUAAGUUCUACCCUUUAACAGCUGCCAGUGUUCCUCAACGAAAACAAAGACAACUUUAUUUAAACGCCACAAGAUUCACAACAAUUAAUAUGUCUGUUAGGGGUUUUGCACCAGCUAAGCCCCACCCACCAACAUAUGUCGUACUGUUUUCACCAAUAAGGUAAUGUGAUUGUAACAGGAACGUAGUCUCAGUGAGCGUACAGAUUUUUAUUGGUUCUUAGGAUCCGUUAUAAAGGAAAUGCUCACCUGUCUAUCAAUUUACCAUGUCCCUAAUUCACACCUAACUCAUAGCCUUAUUAGACGGAUACUUCUGAAAAUACUUCAUCCCCUGUAUGAGUUAGCGUAAUUUGUACGAAAGAGGAUUAGAGCCACAUUAAGAGAAAAAAAUAGUUACAGAAAGGAGAUUAAAGUUUAAAUUUUGAGAUUAAAGUCAAAAUUUCGGGAUUAAAAAUUUGAAAUUUCAAGAUAAAAGUCAAAGUUCCGACAUUACAAAAUGUCAAUGUCGUGAAUAAUGUCGAAAUUUUGAGAUGAAAAAAUAAAAAUUUUGAGAUUAAAUUCGGAAUUUCAACUUUAUUCAUGUAAUUUCUUUUCUUUAAUGUCAAAAUUUCAACUUUGAUGUCGAAAUUUUGAUUUUUUUUAUUUCGACUUUUUAAAAUUUCGACUUAAAUCUCAAAAUUUCGACGUUUAUCUUGAAAUGGAAAUUUAGAAAACUCUUCUUGUGGCCCUCAUCCUCUUGUAUAAAUAGAAACACAAGCCAGUGACGCUGACAAAAUUCUCAGAACCUGGUUUCAAACAUGUUUAUUUCUGCCGUAUUUAAGCAUAAUAGAAGUUCUUGAGCCUGAAGUAGACGCUUAAAAAGCUGCAUUUUUCAUCAUAUUUGCUCCAUUUUCCUACGUUUUUCCCUCACCGUCUCCAUCUCUUGCGAGUCUUAGACAGGUCUUACACUCUUAUUUUCCUGACUGUUAUGGAUCUGACCUUUAAACUUUUCAUCCUUCUUUGAAGCACUUUUCCACCAGUAAAAAAAGAAAAAAAAAACACCACAUCAGUUUCCCACCACAUUGCGCUGGAAUGUUUGAGGCGAAUUCAGGAAUGCAGUUGGGCAUGCAGCAUGCUACAGCAGCAGUUUGAGUUACUCUGGGCUGCAUGAGGUCAUAUUUUCUGCUUAGAGCGGCCUUGUGUGUGUCCUCAUCAGCGCCUGUGUACAUUUGAAACAGGUGCUCAUGUGUGUGUGUGAGGAGGGGGAGAAGAGGGGGUGUUACUUUAAUGUAUUAGCAGACAGGAAGACCCAGACAAAAUAAGGUUUAACGUAUUUAAGAGACACAGAUUGGAUUAAUGAGUAGAUAUAUUCCCAGGUGUUAAUGAAUGCCCCAGCCAAAUCUGAGAGGUAUGUCAGUGUGAGUUUAUCCAUGAUUUAUUAUCUUAUCUAUUAUCUAGCUAAUUAUUAUGAGCUUAUCUAUGAUCUAUUAUCUAUAAUACAGGAGAAGAAUAUCAAAUUAAAGUUUUAUGACUUUUAAUUUGAACUGAACAUGCAAAGAUCCUACUGAAAUUAAAAAAGUCAGUAGGAUUCAUCCUUUGGGACCAUGAAUGACCAUGCAAAGUUACAAGCAACCAGAUAAUUGUUCAGUGCUUGUUUUUUCUAAUUUGACCCGGAUUAAAGGGUUCAAGCUAAACCAGACAAAGGUUCCUCCCUAAACCGCCUCCCAGGUGAUCGCAGACCCUAUUUUGUACUUCAAAGUGCUGUCGUUUCACAGCCCACUACUCCUUCAGAACCGGAAACCAAAUCCUCAGAAAGACUACACCCUGACUGCAUUAUUUAUUGAUCUGCCACCCUGAACCCACACUACGUUGUGUGUGUAGGUGGCGUUGUGCUCAUCAGGAAGCCAGAGCGUGGGAGGUGAUACUCAUCUGUAUCAUGUGUCUUUGGUUGAGUGGUUUUGCAAAUGUGGAUGAGUGGAAAUGUCAUCAGUGGGUUUAAAAAUCUAUUUUGGCAUCAGGAGGUUAAUGUGUACAUAAUUCACAAACACCUGCUAUUGUUUUUGUCAAGUUAGUUUAAAAGUAUUUUGUCUUUGUGGUGAGUGGGCUGUGGUUAGUGUGGGCAGAGGAAGAGAGAAAAAAAUGAAUGAGAGCUCGAUAAAAAAGGAAGCCGGAGAUGAAAACAUGAAUGGAAAAAUCAUGUUUUUUGAACACUGUGUGUGUGUUUGUAGUGUGCGUUUUAAUGGCACAUACAGUAAGUCUGUGAGAUCUGAAAUAAUAAAGAGUUUCACAGAAAAACUACUUCACUCGGUGCUAUUGACUUUGGAACAAGUUCACCCCUCUUUGAUUGUAGCCGUGUGGGUCCUUCUCCCCCUCCUUCAUGCUAACCCUUCCCUCAGGGGAGGGGGGGUUAUAAGAGGGGAUGAAAGGGGAAGCAUCCCCCCUAGUUAACAUAAAUCAUCAAACACAUCCUCCUGGCCAACAGAUGUUCAAUCAGUUGUUGGAGGAAACAAGAGUUUCUAUGCUUGACACCUCUUUGUGAAGUCUGGUCUAAUUACUCAGAGCUGAUGUUUGACGGACUGAUCAGGAUAUGAAAGGAUGAAAGAACCGACACAGUUUUGGCAUCUGUAUGAGAGUUCUAAUGUAGUUUUCAUUGACAGGGAUUUUAGAUGUACAUCGGUUGCAAACACCUAAUAUUUACGUUUAAGUAUAAAAGUAAUCAAAUGUUAAUGUGUCAAUUUCCACCGGCUGCUUUCCAUACCGUUGCAGAUCGGCAAACUCCGCAGCUGAUUGCUAGAGUUCUAUUUUUUUUUUGGACGCCGGAGCAUGCCAGAAAAAUUCAGCACAGAUCAACCCGUGCUGGAAAGGAAGUCGGGCACAGACACAGAAUAAAACAUCUGACUUCUUUUCAAAAUAAAACACUCAGUGUUUCAGGCGGAUUGUAUUUCACACCAUGCAAACAGGUGGAGACAAAGUGGCAAGCGAAUGGUUCUUAGUAUUUCACCCCGAUGACACCACGGAUGAGGAGAUGCUGAUUUUAGAAGUCUAGAGGUGGAUUUCCUCCUCUGGAAGGACUAGGUCUACUUCUUUUAUGGUUGGCCCCUGUGGCCGUCUUUAUAGACUCAACUCAUUAUCGUGCGAUUGCAUGUGAAUCUGCGGGUUCUUGUGAGUUCUCGCGAUUACCGCUGUCCGUAAUUCACCACGAAAUUCGCCUCACCAUCAGAUCCGGUAGGAAUUGGUGUACGGCGAAAAUCGCCGCCAUUACGGAUCAAGGCCGUUCUGGAUGCAGUGAAAAUUGGGGGUUAGCCGGUUAGUCUAAACUUGGUCUACAUUAAGACAUCUAAAAUUUUUCAUUUUUAGACCAGUCACCUAGGCUACAUUUAGACAUUUAUUAGACCUCUUUUAGACCAAAAAAUACUCAGUAGGUUAUAUGUGGGGUAAACUGGCACCACUUACCUGUAGAGCAUGUGUACAUGACUAAGCACUCACAACUACAGUGUCAGAGGGAUGAAAGAUGGAGAGACACAGUGAUUGUCCGGAGCAAAGUGACUCAAAAAAGACGGACAGCCAAGUCAAGCAACAACUGUGGCGAUGUUUAUGACGCCAUUUUUCAGAUAAUGCUUGUAAAUGCAAACAACCAGAAAAUACACAAAGGAUAUGUGUCACAGAGCGUGAUGUCAUAAGACGGCGAGCCCAGAUAGACCAUCCAAGAAAGAUCCACGGUCUUUGAGGCGGACACCUUUGAGAGAUGUUAUUGAAAGUGGUAGACACAUUACCAGAGCUGGGCUUGGAGAUCUCUAUAUAGGGCUACAUUGACAUCCUUAUAACUCAUCAUCUUCAGGUUACUGUCAUUAUUAAGGUAUUGAUGGUAAAUAUUUAAAUUGAAUGAAACACUUGAACUUAAAAGACAUUUAAAAAUACAAUUUGAGGUCUGUGUGCUGGCCCCAUACAUGGAGGUCCUGCAUCAGGUGGUCGGUCUGAGUUGGUUCCAGCCUGUGGCUCUUUUCCUGCUCUCUCUCCCUGUUUCCUACCCUGCAUACUGUCCCGCCCUCUCUAAAUAAAGGCCACAAAAUCCAGUAAAUACAAUAUUGAGAAAAGCAGAACUUUGUAUGAAACUAGUAUCAUCUCCAGGUAUCAUGACUCAGUCCAAACAGUGUCAGUUAAAGCCUGUACUCCUGUGUAAAUCACUUAAGUGCUGAAUAAAUCUGUUCUCCAGACAUGCCUUUUCAUUAUAUACCAUAAAUAUAAUUACAAUUUUCCUCAUUCAUUUCACAUCUCAUUAAACCCGUUCACUUUCAAGUCACAGUAAUUCACAUCUGAUGAUUCUGUAACAUUUUCAAAGAGGCACUAGCCUUAAUUGAAUAGUACCAGUUUACUGUAAAGGCCUCUGACGUUCAAGCAAAACAAACUGGCACAGAAAAACAGACAUUAGCCAAAUUUAUACUGCGGUGGAGAUUUUUCUUUUUCCUCUAGUUCUGGGUAAAAGUAAACCACACAAUAAAUCCUACAGGACACUUUCUUUUCAUCUCUAUUUUCAUUCAUGGCAUCCUUUUGGACAAACUGUAUAUGACAAAUGGCAAAGUCAAAGUCUGCAUGGUUUUCAAAGCUCAUGUUUAACAUCAGAAGAAUGAAACAGGAAUUUAGUCGGACUAGAAUUGAAGCUUCGCUCCCCUCCGCGAGCAGCACGCAGUCACUGCUGCAUCCAGCGGCCAUAAACCACGUCACUCUGUGUGGUCCUCUAAUUGCAUAUCAGAUGGAGCCAGUCUGCAUGAUGAAAGCUUGACUUUGCGCUUUGUGCUUUGGUGUCAGUUCUAAUAUGUAAAGCAGAUGUGUGUUUUAAUAUCAAAGCCCCAUCAGUGGUUGUGUAGAGCUGCUAGUUAAAUGGCUUUAGAGGUUGGAUCCCCACUGGGGCCACACACACUAAGGAUGUAUUCCUGUAAGGAGGCUCUGCUUUUCGUUCCGCACACUACAGGAAGAAAAAAAAACUAGGGCCCCGUUGGGGCACUGGCGGGCCCGAGCUGUGUCGCCCCCCCCCCCCCCCCCCCAACGCGCUGCCUCCCCGUCCCAUUCGCGUCCUCUGGCCAUCGUCCUCUCUGGUAACGCCCAUCACUGCAAAGACCCUUUUCCUUCAUCGGCGUUUGCUGUUCUUCCUGCCAGUGCGUGUUGCUUUCACUUACACUUGCCACAGCCAGCCUUGUGAGUGCCUAGCCUAUUGGAUAUCACUGUCACCUACACAGGACAGUCAUUACCUUUCUAUUAAUACUUUGUUUUUUAAUUUCACAUUAAUUUCCAUAUUGUAUAAACGACUGGAAAAAACUUGAGCCCCUGCCCCCGUAUAAUCAUGUGCACGUCCCUGUUCUCGCUCCAAGGUGAAUCUUCACUGCUCAUGUUCUCCUCAGAAGCAGUCACCUCACUCCCCUCAGGUUACUGUACACAUGCACCAACUGCCUGCUUCAGGUUUGGAUGGAGCUUCAUGGUUGUCUUUUGGAGAAAUGAGCAGUCAAGUUGUGUUAGAAAUUUGAUUUUUUUCAGGGGCAAAAGGAAGCCUCUGCAUUGUUGUCAAAUAUGUAAAUAGCAUGUUUUUGCAGGUGCUAAAAACCAGACUCUGAGUGUGUGUGUGUGUGUGUGUGUGUGUGUGUGUGUGUGUGUGUCUGUGUGUGUGUGUGUCUGUGUGUGUGUAUCCUGCAGUACUCUGUACUCCUGCAGUGGCCAAAACGACUUUUAAGAAUGUGGAUAUUUGGGUCAUCUUUGGCGCCCCCUAGAACGUAAACCAUGGGGUGCAGCGGCAUGAUUUUUACAACUUUGAAUGGCCAUGGGGUGUAGAUUGGCCUGAGCAAAUUUGGUGUCAGUGGGACGAAAGCCUUAGGAGGAGUUAGCCACAUUCCAAUGUGUGCGAAUCGGCAAAAAAUGCAAAAUAGCCCUUUAGCCGUACAUUUUACAGAUACGCGCCCAUUGACUUUUUCGUAGAUCUUAUUGAGAUACACGUGUGUGUCAAAUUUUUUGUCAAUACGACAAAGCGUAAAGGCGUGACACUCAACAAUGUGUAUUUUCACCUUAGGGGACAAGAAAAAAUGGACUUUUUAUUCCUGCCAUGGGGGGGCGCUCUUUUGGGGAGUAAAAAUUCCUUCACAAAUGUGUUGAUGGCUGGACAUUGCAUCAUCCUAGAAAACUUGGAGGCCAGUGAGGACAAAAAAAAAAAUUUAUAAAACUUUUAAGAAUGUGGAUUUUUGGGUUAUUUUUGGCGCCCCCUAGAACCUAAACCAUGGGGUGCAGCAUUAUGAUUUGUACAACUUUGAAUGGCCAUGGAGUGUAGAUUGGCCUGAGCAAAUGUGGUGCCGGUGGAACGAAAGCCUUCGGAGGAGUUAGCGAAAUUCCAAUGUGUGCGGAUCUGCAAAAAAUGCAAAAUAACCCUUUAACCGUACAUUUGACAGAUACGCCCGCACUGACUUUUUUGUAGAUCUUAUUGAGAUACAUGUGUGUGUCAAUUUUUGUGUCAAUAUGACAAAGCGUACAGGCGUGACAGUCAAUAGUGUGAAUUUUCACCUUAGGGGGCGCUAUGGAGCCAUUUUGCAUUUUCUUGUUUGGGCGACUUCAGAAUAUCGAAUUUUUCACCAGGCCCGGUCGUCCUGCCAAAUUUCAUGAGUUUUCGCCAGUGGGAAGUGGGCCAUUUUCCAGUUUAAAGCGGAGGAAAAAUAAUAACUAGGGCCCCGUUGGGGCACUGGCGGGCCCGAGCCGUGUCGCAACCCCCCCCCCCCCAACGCGCUGCCUCCCCGUCCCAUUCGUGUCCUCUGGCCAUCGCCCUCUCUGGUAACGCCCAUCACUGCAAAGACCCUUUUCCUUCAUCGGCGUUUGCUGUUCUUCCUGCCAGUGCGUGUUGCUUUCACUUACACUUGCCACAGCCAGCCUCGUGAGUGCCUAGCCUAUUGGAUAUCACUGUCACCUACACAGGACAGUCAUACUUUGUUUUUUAAUUUCACAUUAAUUUCCAUAUUGUAUAAACGACUGGAAAAAACUUGAGCCCCUGCCCCUGUAUUAUCAUGUGCACGUCCCUGUUCUAGCUCCAAGGUGAAUCUUCACUGCUCAUGUUCUCCUCAGAAGCAGUCACCUCACUCCCCUCAGGUUACUGUACACAUGCACCAACUGCCUGCUUCAGGUUUGGAUGGAGCUUCAUGGUUGUCUUUUGGAGAAAUGAGCAGUCAAGUUGUGUUUGAAAUUUCAUUUUUUUCAGGGGCAAAAGGAAGCCUCUGCAUUCUUGUCAAAUAUGUAAAUAGCAUGUUUUUGCAGGUGCUAAAAAACAGACUCUGAGUGUGUGUAUGUGUGUGUGUGUGUGUGUGUGUGUGUGUGUGUGUGUCUGUGUGUGUGUGUGUGUGUAUCCUGCAGUACUCUGAGAAGAAUAAUAAGCAUAUUUCUGAGGUGAAUUUUGAAGAUUCAUCUGAGAGUUAGGUUUGAUUCGAUUCGAUUGACGCUCCCCAGCGUUCAAGUCACAUGACAUAUUUAACCGGAUGUAGCUGCAAGACGGAGCCUCGUAAACUCUCCGUUUCAACUUAUCUCAAAAGUGAGGACCUCAACCUAUAUACCAGUUUUUAAAUUGUGUUGAUAGGCCAAAUAAAACCAGAGUUAUGAUAAAUUAUGUCCGCGAUACUUUUUUUCUGCUUAUUUUGAUCACGUUCGGCGCUCGAUCGCGCUGUAUGAGACAGGAAAACAUAGCAUGCACACAUUAGCGACAGGUCUUACAGGCGGAAAAGGCUUGCCAAAAGAAAAAGAAAACACACCACAACAUCUCUCCUAUUGGUGGAAAACUUCACCACAACAACCAAUCCAAAAUUAUAUGGUGACUGAUUGACAAGGGGCGGGCGCUUACGUUCUUCCUGCAACAUGAGAAGGGAGGGAGGGACUCUCAGCAGGGUUGCAGUCUGGGACACGUAGUUGCAAACCUAGCAACUUUGUUGUUAGAUUCAAUUACUUUUCAGACCCCCUAACGACUUUUUUUAGAAAGAAAGGGACUUUUAUCGACUUCUUCUGGAGUUUAGAGACUCUGACAUGAAGCAGGCUUUCCUUACUGAGGAGUUAGCAACGCUGCUAAGGGUGCAGAGCCACACAUGCGCUCAGAGCUCUGCAUGGGAGACUGAAGCUGACAGAGCUGCAGCAGUUAGCAGGUUUCACCCUCAGAGACCACCAGGGGUUCAUGUUGAGGCAUUUUCAGUUUUUGUUUUUUUUGCCAUAGACUGUCAGCACAAUCUGCAGUUACACUAACAAAAAUGCUGCAAAAAACAAAGAAUUAUGGAAAAAUUACACAUGGACUGACAUAGAGGAGGAUCUACACAAGUUUUUUACAUCAUGUUUUACAUCAUGCAUCAUUUACAUCAUGUUUUUUUGUAGUGGCAUAAAUAAAAAGUGACAUUUGUGAGACUAUACAGUGUUUUGUAAAUAAUUUUACAAAGAACGCCUGGGCCAUUGCCUGCAUUUUGAUGUAAAUAGAGGUAAAUCACUAUGUUCUUUGUUAAAAAUUUGCAUAUGUUUUGAAGUUUACAAUUUUUAUUUGAAGUUUAAGUUUUAAAAACAGUUCAUCACACAUAUUUGUGUUUUAAUUUCACAUUAAUUUCCAUAUUGUAUAAAUGACUGGAAAAAACUUGAGCCCCUGCCCCUGUAUAAUCAUGUGCACGUCCCUGUUCUAGCUCCAAGGUGAAUCUUCACUGCUCAUGUUCUCCUCAGAAAUAGUCACCUCACUCCCCUCAGGUUACUGUACACAUGCACCAACUAUCUGCUUCAGGUUUGGAUGGAGCUUCAUGGUUGUCUUUUGGAGAAAUGAACAGUCAAGUUGUGUUUGAAAUCUGAUUUUUUUCAGGGGCAAAAGGAAGCCUCUGCAUUAUUGUCAAAUAUGUAAACAGCAUGUUUUUGCAGGUGCUAAAAAACAGACUCUGAGUGUGUGUGUGUGUGUGUGUGUGUGUGUGUGUGUGUGUGUGUGUGUGUGUAUAUGUGUGUGUAUCCUGCAGUACUCUGUACUCCUGCAGUGGCCAAAAAGACUUUUAAGAAUGUGGAUUUUUGGGUCAUCUUUGGCGCCCCCUAGAACUGCAGUACUCUGUACUCCUGCAGUGGCCAAAAUGACUUUUAAGAAUGUGGAUUUUUGGGUCAUCUUUGGUGCCCCCUAGAACGUAAACCGUGGGGUGCAGCGUCAUGAUUUUUACAACUUUGAAUGGGCAUGGGGUGUAGAUUGCCCUGAGCAAAUUUGGUAUCGGUGGGACGAAAGCCUUAGGAGGAGAUAGCCACAUUCCAAUGUGUGCGAAUCGGCAAAAAAUGCGAAAUAGCCCUUUAACCGUACAUUAUACAGAUACGCGCUUUUUGACUUUUUCGUAGAUCUAAUUGAGAUACACGUGAUUGUCAAUUUUUGUGUCAAUAUGACAAAGCGUUCAGGCAUGACACUCAACAAUGUGUAUUUUCAUGUAAGGGGACAAGAAAAAAUUGACUUUUUUCUCCUGCCAUGGGGGGGCGCUCUUUUGGGGAGUAAAAAUUCCUUCACAAAUGUGUUGAUGGCUGGACAUUGCAUCAUCCUAGAAAACUUGGAGGGCAGUGAGGACAAAAAUAAAAAGUUAUAAGACUUUUAAGAAUGUGGAUUUUGGGUUAUCUUUGGCGCCCCCUAGAACGUAAACCGUGGGGUGCAGCGUCAUGAUUUGUACAACUUUUAAUGGCCAUGGGGGGUAGAUUGGCCUGCGCAAAUGUGGUGCCGGUCGAACGAAAGCCUUCGGAGGAGUUAGCGAAAUUCCAAUGUGUGCAGAUCUGCAAAAAAUGCAAAAUAACCCAUUAACCGUACAUUUGACAGAUACGCCCGCACUGACUUUUUUGUAGAUCUUAUUGAGAUACAUGUGUGUGUCAAUUUUUGUGUCAAUAUGACAAAGCGUACAGCCGUCAUGUGAAUUUUCACCUUAGGGGGCGCUAUGGAGCCAUUUUGCAUUUUAUUGUUUGGGCGACUUCAGAAUAUCGAAUUUUUCACCAGGCCCGGUCGUCCUGCCAAAUUUCCUGAGUUUUCGCCAGUGGGAAGUGGGCCAUUUUCCAGUUUAAAGCGGAGGAAAAAUAAUAACGAAAGAAGGAAACAUGCAGGAACAAGAGGGCUCUCGCAGCUGCUUAGCAGCUACGCUCGGGCCCUAAUAAUAACAAAAGAAGAAUCCAUCAGGAACAAGAGGGCUCUCGCAGCUGCUUAGCAGCUACGCUCGGGCCCUAAAAAAGAGUUCGAGGGUUGCUUCUCCAAACUCUAUAAUGCAAGACAGCAGUUUUAUGUCAAUGCUGGUGUUCUCUUUCAAAAGCAGUGUCUGCAAACUCAUGUCUGCAGAGUGUUAAAUGUUGUUGAAGACCCUGGUGUUGAUUCCUGUCUUGUAUUUGUGGGGGAACGAUAAUCAGCACCAGCAGAGUGUUGGCUGUGAAUGCACCGGCCUCGGCUCCCAGCUAAAACCUCUAUCUGAUCAGAUUCCGGCCUUGUUUCAACUAUGCCCCCUGGAUUAUAGUUGUCAUGUCAGCCGCAGCCCAACUGAUUACAGACACAAACACAUUCACACAAUGAUUACAUGCAGCUUACUGUAGGACUCUAUAAAACAUCCAGAAAUCCUUUUUUUUUAACCCCGCAGUGACUCAAGGUCCUGAAGUGAUAAGGCUGCUUCAAAGUGAAAGACGUGUCCACGAUUGUGUGACUGCCAAUCCUUUUGAGAUGCUGUCAUGGUGUGUGUGUGUGUGUGUGUGUGUGGUUGGGUAAGUGUGUGGGGUGCACAUGUCGGCCACUUUAGAUUGAAGCUUAGGCUGCAACUAAGUUUUAUAGCUGCUUUAUCAUAUAGUGUCUAAUUUUCUCUUUUGUAAGUUGAUAAUCAGAGGUAGCUGGAGCUCAAAGCAGUAUUUGCAAAUUAGUUAUCUAAGCUCCGCCCCCUUAAUUACCCUAACUUAGGGUGACUAUAUUCUGAAUCCCCAAAAAGAGGACACGACUACGCAGGAGCGGAGUCACAAAGUUGCGCGUAGUUAAUUUUCAGAGUUUUUCGGGUCUGAUCAAGUGUUUUUUACAUGUUUCUAACUCAGUUAGUCCAAGUGAUACAAACUCAAAACUUCCAUACAAACCCCGCACAGGUGUAGGAUUUUAUAAACUCCCCCAGACAAAGCCGGACAAGGCUGGACAGCCCCCCAAAAAAGAGGACAUGACCGAGUAAAAAAGCAGCUUUGAGUUUACUGUUGAAAAUCCUUCAUAGAUAGCACCUCAAAUAUGUGCAGUGUGCACUUAUACCUGGUGGAAAAGUUGCCAUUUGUCUUGAUUAUGGAGGACACAACAAGAGCAUUUCCUAUCAGCCGAUAAGUGAAUGAAUAAAUGAAUGAAUGAAUGAAAUGACAGCUGUUACCAGAGAUUUUCAUCAGCAGUUUCAUGGUUUGCUUAUCAAAACAUGUGAGAAGGUUGCUAAUGCUUCCUCUUGUAUUUCGAGCUCACUGAAUGUCUUGCAAACAUGUUCUCAUCACAGAUACACCCAUUAUUUCAACUGUUGGGGGCGCUAUCGGACACUCGGCCAAUAAUCUGUAUCGGUGUAUUAUUUAACUGUUGAUAAAAUUGAUUAUUCAAAAAGUGUGCUACUUUUACUUCACUGUUGGUGUGCCUUCUUGUCUGCGUCUGUUUUCAAUCACCCCUGCCAUCACCGUAUGCUCCGCCCACAACACCAUCUGAUUGGCUAGACAUCCCAUGACUGACAUAACAGUGCUACAAUUGUUACUGAUUGAUGGAUACACCUGUUAAUGAUGCUCAAAGUUUUAAAAGCAUUUAGAUAAAGUAUUUUGGGGGAGUUUGUGAUAUUCAGAAACAUAAAUUUGGACAGAAAAAUGAUCAUUUGCGCUGUAAAUAUGUAUUCGUUAAAAAUAUUAACACUUGUUACGCUCCACGCCCUAAAUGUAGCCUAGCCUGGUCUUAAUUCAGGCUACCCCAGGUCUUAAAAUUAACGGUUUUUUAGACGUCUGUAUUCAGACUAAGUUUAGACUAAUUCCAAAUCCAGGCUAUAUCUAUACUACACUGUAUAUUGCUCAAUGGCUAUCAUAAUUAUUUUGGUUAAUUAUAUGGAAGGCAGCCCUAUGGGGCUAACAACUAUCCUUACCUUUUGACCCACUGAAUUAACACACUGAUUAACUUACAACGAUCAGUAUCAGUGUCAGCCCUGAAAAACUAGAGUCAGUUGACCCCCAGUUCUUAGACAGGCAGUUGGUUUUGAGAUGCGUUUAGUUUUGUUUUUGUAUUAGUUUCUUUCUUCUAUUUAAUUCCAACAUUUCACAAGUGAGCUCACCUAGCUUACCUUUUUGUAGGCUUUAUUUCGAGACAGAACAUCUUCCUCUUCAGCAUCACAACAGGACAGCUCACCAAGGAUAGAAAUACACAAUUUAUGGCAAUUGAAUAUGGAAUAACUCUAGUUUUACCCAAAUCCUCACAGAGGUGUUACAGAACUUAAAACAUUAGAAAUAAUCACAGCAGGAAAAUUAGUAAAGGACUUUAAGAUAAAUUAUCAACAGUUGUGUCACAGUUUUUCAUGGAAUAAAAGACGUUGGAGAAUCUGAUAAUCUCCCUGAUUGGACCGAAGUCUGAAAAAGUUUUGAUCUCAGCUUUACAGAAAUCUGCUUAUUUAUUGCGGCACCGAGGUAAAAGGUUGAAAAACAUCCCUGGUACUCAGUCGUGCUUGAAAGGGAGUAGUAAAGUUGUUGGCUUCGGUUUGUCUGAGCUUUUUACAUUACAUAAGGCCUCUCCCCCUUCCCCCUUCUUUCAUUUCGCACAAAAGAUUUCUCAAAACACACACACAGACACACACUCACACACACGCCAUCAGUGCGGCAUGGCAGCCGUCCAGAGAGGGGCUCCAGUGUCGCUGGGUUUCAAAGGCUUCUUUGCUUGUUGUCCUUUUGAUGCUCGCUCCCCAGCAGCAGUGGAGCAGAAAUGCCGAACGUCCAGCUUUGAUAUGAAUUUGUUCCUCAUUCUACGCACUGCUGAGCAACUCUUAGUCUACACUUCUGAAAACCAGUUUCUUCGUUUUAUCAACACGAAUUCAACCUAAACUGGGACCAAAGUUAUAGAUUCCAAGUGUUGACUUAAAUCCCAACAAAACCAGAACUAAAGAAACACAUUUAGAGAAUCUUCAAAAACAAGACUCUAACUGGGAAAUAUUAGAAAUCCAAUAAAGAUCGAUUCUGCUGUGCCUUGUUAUAGUAAUUUGAGUCUAGGGCUGCAACAAUUAAUCGACGUCAACAAAAAUUGAUGAUGAAAAAAGUCAACAAUAAAUUCUAUUAUUGACUGUAGUCAAUUAUCGACCAGUAGAGUGAAGAAUCUUACUUCAUUACGAUCUCUGCCCAGAGCAGGGGUGGGCAGUUCAUUUUUACAUGGGGCCACAUGAGAAACCUGAACUGUGUUGGAGGGCCGAACCAACAAUAACUUCAACUUCAAAUCAGGGGGGUUCACACAUACAGAAAAACAAGUCCAAAUAGGCAACUACUAGUUAAAAACAAGCUCAAAAGAAGUGCAACUGCGUCUGAAGUCGUUUAUAAUAAGCGUACUUGGCAACUAUAAGGCGUCUACGUAUAUUUUGCAGAUGUUUAAACUUGUCUCUGUUCACGAAUGCAGAUCUAGAAUGUACACACGUGCGUCCAAACGGAAAUAAAACUGUGUCUAGGUUUUCAAAAUAAAAGCAACACACUUGCAUGUUGAUGAUUUGCUUGACGGACCUCACAAAGGGCCGGAUGUGGCCCUCAGGCCGUAAAAUGCCCAGGUCUGGCCUAGAGUCACAUAUACGCAAUAGCGUCUCCACCAAACGGUAGGGUAUUCAAACAUGGAAAUGCCUGCGUCUCAUACAGCAGCUACGAGUACGCACUUAAAAACCUCCAAAGAUUGGGAGCACUUUAGCCUAGAUAAGUUCAUAAUUAGCGUAAUAAAGAUACAUUUAUAAUUGUCCGACUCGUCGACUAAUCGUUUCAAUAGUCGGUGACAAGUCAACUAUCAAAAUAGUCGUUAGUUGCAGCCCUACUUGAGUCAUUUCUGAAACCAUCUGCUGGCUUUUAUACAUUGGAAAGCAUUCCUGUGUUGGCAUCACUGAUAGAAAAACCUCUUCAAUAGGUGUUGACCUGUGGCAUCCCUCAGGGCUCACUGCUUGGUCCUCUGUUUUUUUUCAUUCACAUGCUCUCUCAUGACAUUUAUUGGCUUCAUGAUAACUCAAUAAAUCGAUUAAGUAUUAUGUAUAUGGCCUGAUAAAAAUAGAAAUAAAAUAUCAGUUUUUAUUAGAUGCUUAGAUGAAUUAUUCAGUAAUUAAGACCUGAAAGAAAAAUUCGUCUCUUUGUUUUGCUAAGAUUUCACAAAUCCCUAAGAAUUACAUUCUGAACACUCCUAAAAUAUCAAUUCAGCCUGUGUUUGCAAAGUGCUUUUGUGUUGUAGGGGAUAUCUCCUGUUAGUACCCAAGCUUAAGGUUUAAUACAUUUCAUUCAUUCUCUCUGGGUCCCUGGAAUUCACAGUUCAGCUCUUUGAGUCGUGCCACUUCAAAGGAAUGCAGCAUUUGUGUGUGAAAACUGUACGUGUGUGAGUCUGUGCGCACUCUGAGCCAUGUGUGUGCUACAUUCCAGACAGUGUUAGAGGUAUGUGAAUUACGUCUUACAGAGAGAGAAUGUGAAGAAUCUGCUGCCAUGAGAAGGCCACUGUUGUUUACUGACACAGUAGUGAAAAAGGAGGUUCCUGUGUGUGUGUCUGUGUGCGUCUGUGUGCUUGUGUGUGCGGGACUGAGAGUUAGCCACGUUUUCAUCACUUCCUAGUAAGAAACUUGAAAGCCGUGGCACCAUUUCUGAAGCUUUUGAUGCAUGCAGCUGAAGAAGAAGAGCCGCUGGGGUGUCUUUUGAGUCAAUUAACACUUUAAAUUCACUUUUUGAAGGGUUGUUUUAUUCUGAUGUGCUGAGAAUUAAAGAUGAAACACAUUUCCCUUCUGUUUGCUCAUAUGAAGACUCAGCCUCAAAGCAACUUACUGAACGCACACAUUAGAGCAGUGGUUCUCAACUGGUGGGUCCCAACCCAAAAGUGGGUCGCGGACACUUUCUGGAUGGGUCACGAACAGCAGGUCAAAAAAGUAAAAGUUUAAUGCGCAUCUGAUGUUUGACAUGCCUUUUAUUUUGAAAAAUGGCUUAUUUUGAAAGGCACGUGUUGUGUUGUGGUUCUCCUGUGUUUCAUAUUGAUGUGGCCUGAAUGCAGUGAAAAUACAUGGUUUUUUUUUGGUCUUUAUUUUGUGCAAUUUUAUAUUUAUUCACUUUUGUCCACGGUGUUGCAUGUGCUCUGAAUGCAGAGAUGUAUAAAAGUCAAAUUUUUCAUUUUUCUGGUCUCCAUUUUGUGCAAUUUGAUGUUUUCUGUAUAUACAACUUCAGUAGUUGUCGUCCUCAGUUCAUGUGCUCUGAAAUGCACUUUCCUCAAUACAAUGGGUGUAUUUAUGUUUAGGAUUUGAGUCUUUAAAAGGUUUUUUUAUUUAAAAAAAAAAAAAAAUUGCUUGGUUUGAAUUUUAUAAAAGUGGGUCGCGACUUAAGGACCAUUGGAAAAUGUGGGUCCCAGAGUGCACUAGAGGUUGUAAAGAGCAGCUGGAAACCUCAUGGAAGAACAUGUUUACAGGAAUGAUUAAAAGCUUGGGGGAUAAAUUGAUUGCGUCUUUGUUGUUCUUUGUGUAAUUAAUUACCAAAUUGUGCUUUUUCCCUCACAGAUUUGGGAUAUGAGCGACGACGAGAGCAUCUGAAGGACGAGAACAACAAACCCUGAACCUCUGAGGGUCUCAACUCCAGUCAAUGUUUCUGUCUUUUUUUGUUUUGUUUUCUAAAGGAAUAUCACUCUUUUAGUGGGCAUAAGUAGGGGAUGAAGGCUUUGAGGAUGCGAGUAUGCCCACUGAUAAAACUGAAGUAAUCUAAAUCAAACAAAUUUCAAAACCCUCUCUGGAAAAGUAUCUGAAAAGCUUUAAAUUUACAAUUAGUUUUCAUUAAGAUUUAAUAGAAAUUCAACCAAAGGCUUGGACUUCCAUUUAUGAGCAGAAAUAUGUUGAAACACCUACUUUUUUAUUGUUUUGAUUUUUCAUAUAUUGUUACGUUACAAGAAUCAUUAGGAUUAGUACAUUUUACACUUUUCAUGUCUGUAUGCCUUGGUUUUGUCUGUAUAAAGAAUGUACCUGUUCAUAUUACGCUAUUGUCUAAUCAGUCAUGCUUGUAAUCUAAAGUCAGCGCUUGUUUGGUCUGAGAGUUUUCUUUUUCUCUUCUUUCUUUUUUCCCUCAAAGCAUCACCAAAUGUUUACAUAUCAACACUUGUAGGUUUUACUCGUUUCCAUUAGCAUGAAAUCCAUCUCUCUGUCUGUGAUAAGGUUACACUUAAACCAGCGUUGUUCUUUGGAAAGGUCACAAACCAGCAAACAAAUUCUUCUGAUAUGGACACCAUUUCCAUUUAAGUCAAGGUCACACUAAAAUCAAAGAGAGCCUAUGAAUAAAGUGAUGCUUUUUUUUAAGAAUUGAUGCAUGCCUGUUUUUGUCUGUACUGUUGACACUGCUUCUCUGCCGUGUCAUAGUCGUCUGAUAUACUGAGGCACACUGCUUUUGGUGCAACUGUCUUAACUUAACCAUGAUACAUUAGGAGGAGACACUGAAUUUAAAGGUGCACUGUAGAGUUUGUGACCUCUGUCGUGUUUUUAAGAAUGGAUCCAUGUCAUGGUUUUAUCUGGUCGUGAUUUUUACAUUCCUGAAAUCAUUUUUUGACACUUUUCCUCAUCUGUAUUUUUGUUUAAGUUACUAGGAGGUGAUUGUUUUGUUUUUUUUUUACACCAAAGAAGGCAAGGAAGAAGGAAAAUACAAGCGUAGGAUAAACUGCACAUUUUGAAUGGUUGAAAACCAGGCUUGCUGAAUUUUUCUUAAAAUGUAAACGUUUGUUUGGAAGAAAACUCUGCAGGGCACCUUUAAAGGCAGAACUGUGUGAAAAUGCAUAAACUAAACCUCAGAAUUCAGAUGUUUCCUCAGAUUUUAAUCAGAUUAAACUCUGGAUUCUGACUUUGUUUCAUAAUUCUGAUCACUCUCAGCACAAGUUGUCGAAAAGUUUUGUUUCAGUAAGUGUUUCACCAUAUAUUGGAAUUAAAGUUUCUUAGUAUUUCAUCA